AUGUCGGGAAAAAUAGAGAGCAAGCAAGGUAAGUGCUGCCCGGGUAGAUUCAACCACACCACCCCGGCUGGGGAUACUGGAUAACGGGAUUCCUCACACGGAGCACGGAUGGAUCCAAUGUGGGGUGUUAAUGGGCCAGUUUGUACGCUAAAUGGGGCUCCAUAUAACCUCACUUAUGGUUUUUUUUCACUGUAAAUGGAGGUUUAAUUGGGCCUCAUGGAUUGUUCAUUUCUCGGCUAACCAGUUAAAAUAAAGCGUCACUGAUUCAGCUAGCUGGUGUUAGCUAAUGUACCCGCUGGAGCAAAUGUCCUUUUUUGUACAAAUUCUGUUUCUUUGUUAGAGGCGGCUGGUUAACUAACCACUUAAACAAUAACGUGUGUCUCUACACAAGCCACUCAGUAAUACACAUGUCCAUUAAAAUGCGCUAUCAUUCUGUGGCUUGCCUGAUACUCCGCCGGUGUAUUGUCGAGUUUUGCUGCUCUGUGGAAAACUGUUACCGAACAACCAAUAGACAGCAGUGGCUAUCAAUUUGCUCUAUUUCUUAAUGUAUGUUUAUUACAACCAAGGGUGAGUGCACUUUAAGAAUGAGGCAACCUUGUUUUGUUAUUCUUUUAUGAAAGAUUUGUUUCAGAAUUUAGGAAAAAAUGUUCCUAAAUAGACUGAUAUAAUAAUUCUCCAAGUACAAAAUCACUUUGUUGUAAAUUACUUCUCAUUAAGUUACAUUGUCAGACGCAUAUUACGAUACCCUAUUACGAAAUCCUUACUGUAUAUUUCAGGGGAAGUGUGUCUCCGUGGACCAACAUCCUCUCUCAAAUAAUACUCCCAGUGGUGACAAGCGCCCAGGAUUGUGGCUGUGCGCAUGCGCAAAGGCGCUUAGGAGCACAUCCCGAUGGGAAGCAGUGUUGUACAGAACAUGGGCAUUUCACCGUUCACUCAGCCCAGCGGCCGUAAAUACACCAUGAUUGUGUGAAAGCAUCGGCAGCACUAAAGAAAUCUCAGCUUCUCACUCGAGAAGUAGCAUUGUAUUACGAUAAAAUAACCAAAUAUGUGGUGCCUUAUAUCCAUUAUUUGGUUCUUUGUUGGCCGUUUGCAAACACUAUCCCAAGAUGGGUUUGUAACGGUUGGUAGCAGCGGCUAAAGGUUAGCUUUUUAUCAGCUAACGUUAGCUACGUUGUUACCUAGAGUUGUGAUGCGUUCACGCCCUAGACAGCAGUGUGUAUUUCUGGUGUUGAUUUCAACACUGUGCACGUGGCAUUUUUGUUGCUUUUUUUGCCUUUUCUGUUUCUACUCGCCUUUAUCUCGUGUGCAGUUUCACAGAUAAGUAGGAGCACAGCAGAGCCCACUCAGUAUGAGGGGGAACAGGGCAGUCUCGGGUAUGCCUUUGCAAGGAAACUUUAUACCCUCCAGCUACACUUGCAUCCCUUCCACCAGCUGUCUCCUUGCUUCGCUCCACAUACUCUCCUGUCCAGUGAUGCCUGCAGUAAAUUGACACACACACAUAUAAAGGGGGAGGGAGUGUCAUCCACCACUAGUUCAGUCAUUCUUCAUAGGCGUAAAAGUUUCCGAUUUCUUUCGUGUCUUGAAGACAGAUUACCACAAAUGGACCCUCAGGAAUAUAAACUUAGAGUCUGUGAUGAUGGAUUUCAAUAGAUGGGUAGAAUAUACAGGUCUGUAUAAAUUCAGCUCAGCUCUUACCUAGUGAAAGAGUAAUCCAUGCGUGGGUCUGUUUUGGGGGGCUCUCACAGGGUAAAAGGUUCAUGCUUUGUUGCUGCUUGAAAACUUCCAUUGUGUUCAGCAACGUGCUGUUUUUAUGCACAUGUGUAGCUCUUUCUGGAACCAUCUGAUAUAUACAUUCUGCUGCUACCUGUCUAGAAUUGGGAACAGCCUACAGUAGCAGUUGACAUUCAUAGUUUAUUUACUCUAUUUUUCCAAGAAUAUGAUGUAAUGAGGGAGAAAAGCUGUAAAAGUGGCGCCGCUAGACUGGUCUGCGUGGCUAUGUAUGACACAGCUCACUUUUCAGAUGACAGAAAAGGAAGUAGAAGAUUUCCACAUUCUCUGAAUUCAAUGGUUAUUCAUCUUCAUGAUAUUACUAGUAAUAUCUGUUUGUUUUCUCAAAGUCCUGACUUGUUUUUUUCUCACUAUCUUGAGUUAACAAAGAUUGUUUUCCUAACUUUUUGCCAUGAUGCCAUUCCCAACACUAGUGAUGCCAAUUAAGGCCACCGCUUUGUUAGUUUUGUGCCUUUGGAGCUCAAGGAGUCUGAGUUAUCAUGAGAAAAACAGUGUUGUUAUGUCAAGAAAACAAGAUAAGUAUGUGUAGAUUUCCCAAAAACAACCAGAAAUGACUAGCUAUCAUGAUAAAACUGGGGAGAUAAAAUAAGUGGACGCUUGUCUAUGUGAAGCUUCCACAAAAGCAAAUAAAGACAAGAGUAUAUUACACCAUGUGCCCAAUCCAUCUCUAACAUCCAUCCUCUCUUGUGCUCCCCAGGCUCUCCUAGUCGUGUUUACGGGUCAUUUACUGGCCUGCCCUUUUCAACAUGUACCCAUCGAUCCCAAAUUUCUACUCAGAGGACACACACUUCUCUGUGUGCCAGUGAAAUGGAAAGAAAGGGGCAAAGCUGGAGUCUCAUGGUAGCACUGAAAAACUGUGUAUAGCUUCAGUGUCAGCCUGUUAAGCCUUGUCCCCCGAGAGAAAAAAGAGAGAGAAUAUGUGUGAGGAAGGAUUGAAGCUGGUUUUCAAAGAAAGUCUGUUGUCUAUGUGGGCUUAUGCUGGGGAGACUCUACAGUUAAAAGGACCCAUUUUAGACCUUGACAGAUGGAGAUUAAUACACUGGUUCCUCCAGGAGCAAAUUAAAAAGGGGAAAAAGUUGGAAUAGGUGGAAAAGGUUCAUGCAUGUAAGUAGGAAUUCCUGCACAUGGUUUAAGUCAUGGGUUAAAACGUGACACAGAGAUAACACGGACAAAUUCUAACCAUAGCGCACAAGUCACCAGCUGCAUCAAUGUACUUUAUUAUGACCACGACGACCAUGUGAUGCUGUCCUCCUAUUUAGAAUAAACACAGACACACUCUAAGUUGCGUGGAGUAGCCGCUGCACCCACUUGUGUCAUGCUUAGUUAGGGUGUCACCCCGAACAGCAGCACGUGGGUGGCUCCUCAGUCUGUUUCAACACUGAGCCUAAUUCUUUAUACACGCACCCUCAUGACUUCAUCACCCAGGCAGCCCGAACUGUAAUACAUCAACAGAUUCUGCAUGUGAUGGUGUUGCUUAAAAGGCAACAGGCAGCCAAACAACUAAUGCUGACCUCAUAGAAAAAGAAGAGGGUGGAGGAGGAGGCCGAAAUUCGCGAUCGUCCCUAUAGAUUUAUUCUCAAUGUUGGACUUGUUUUAAAAGGACUCAGAGAAAAGGAGAGUGUCAGAGUAAUUGGAUUAUAAAGACUUAUUUUAGCUGUUUAGCCUUUCCCUGUUUUAAUUCUCCCACUGAGCUAUUACCCAAUUUCAUACUGUGAAUGUUUAGUGUUUACAUUUGUCUAUUGUAAUGCUUUCAAUAAAGUAAUUAGAUGCCCUGGGACAUUCCUUCUGUUGCAGCUGUAGUUGGCAGUCAGUGUUGCCACAUCUUGCAGGGGACACUGUAAUUACUCUGAGCAACAUGUAUGGCAGUAAAUCAUAAUGUAGCUUCGGUGAAUUUAUUUCCCUCUUUUUCUUACGGUCUGAUAAUGUUGUUUGAUUAGCAGCUGUCAAGAAAUAGAGGUCUACAUUCGCUUAAUCUAGCAACACUGUUACCUUUGUUUGAGUGGAGAGGGGAGAGGAGGAACGAGGGACGCAUUGGUGGAUGGAUCUUGCAGCAUGACGGACAAAACCUUCAAAUCGAACUCUACCUUUAUUUCCAAGCAUUAUCCAUUUACAAAGGUAGAUGUGUAAUGCAGGGAGCAGGACCAAGUAAGCAAAUUUUAAAAAUGAACCCCAGAAAUCUCACAAACCUUUUAAAAUAUUCCAAGCAAUUUUGUAAAAUGCGCACAGUCAAUUUUGAAGAAAUAGUUAUACGUUUGAUGCAACACUGUUUAGAUGAAAGAUAUUCCAAAUGCAGAAUUUCCUCUUUAUUUGUGUUUAAUUCUAAACAGCCAUGAAAAUUGGGUGAAUUAAGAAGAGUUUGGAGCCGAACAAAGAGUCACACAGUCUGCAGGAAAGCCAUAUCAAAUAGAUCUCCUGAGUGUAGCUACCAUUAGCAGAGCUGUCACCACCAGCCUCAGGCCAGUCCUCUUCCCCAGUCCUGCACUGUCUGCACAUUGCUUUAGUUGAGCAGUUAUAUGCCAGUUUAACCCGACAGCCACCAUACCACUUAUCUUGGUUGACUGACAAAACUGUGCUUUGCUGUAAAAUAAUAAAAUAGAAAAAAAAACUGUUAAUGUCAGACUCCAGAUUUUGGUGUUGAUCAGCAAGGGUGACUUUGUUUGAUCAUGUAAUCGCUCACACAUGCAUAUCCACAUUAUGAGUACUCUAUCAUGGAUAAUGUAGUCUACGUUUUGGGGAAAAUGGUGUAAAAAUUGGUUUGAUUAACUCAAUUGAGCUCUAUAUUGAAGAAUGCCAAUUAAUUAAAAAAAUACAAAUAAAGGUGCACUUCUUUUAUUCUGCACCGUGCUUUGUUGAAAUUGUACAGCCCCUCAGUCCUUGUGAUGGCAUAUUUAGAAGACCAUGUUUUUAUACUACACGUAUUUUUCACUCAGUCAGAUGCUUGUAGUGCUGUUGCAUUUCUAUUUAAAUAAUCAAGCUUGGCUGUAGUCAGACAAACUUUGCAGCAGGCAGUGUACACUUUCAGACACAUAAUUGUGACUACAGAAAACAAGCAUUAACUCAGCAGUCAUAUUUGUAUGUUUAAGUUUUUGUUGCUGUUGCAAAAUGCCCGUAUUGUCCCCACAAAGAGAGUCAGAUUGUGACACAACAGUUUUGGCAUGCCAGUGUUGGUAAGAAAAUGUGUGGGAGUAGCACAGCGUUUUAAAAUUAGCCUGCAGACUCGUUUCUUACUGGACAGUCAAUGGUAGUAGCCAGCUGCAGCGGAACUGAUCCAUCAGUUCCUUAUUUUAGGCUCCUUGCCCCCUCUCGCGUGGUGUGGGAGUGUGCGUCUGUGUGUUUGCCUUUGAAACAGUUAAGCUGCAAUGCAAAGAGUUUGCUCUGGAGCAUUCCUGGAGUUAACACUGAAGUGUAAGUCAUCCCGAUGGCUUUGUGUUUGCUAAGUGGCUACUGCACCACUUCAGACCGAAAUAUCUUUCUCGUCUGGCGAACAGAAAUAUCCAGACCCACAUGCCUUAGUCACCAAAACUCUGAGCAAGAGCUAAAGCAGCCGUGAUUACAAAAGGGUUCCCCUGACGAUUAGGUUGAGCACAUUGCUGAUGAGUGAUCCACUGUUGCACACAGCCAGCUUUGGGUCUUGGUUUGACAUGCUGCAAUUUUGAGGUCUGAUGGCAGAAAGCAUUUCACCCUCCCUCCCCCAGCAGAAUGAGAGGCUUGCUUUUCACAUAUAGGUCUAGCUGUGUUGUAAUUAGUUUUUUGAAUGUGGGCUGUGUAUGGGAAAGCAAAAAAGAGGGAGGGAACAGAGCUUGAGGAGAGAAUGAGAGGGUGGAAGGAGGUGGAUGGGAAUUGAGUCUCUGCACAGAGAGAGAAGGAAUCAGGCAGAGAAAUGGAUGGAUUACAUGCUCGGUAAUGACCGGAGAGAGGCUAUCGAUGUGCAACAGAGGGCAAUCAGGUUUUUGUAACAUGAAUAUUUUGCAGACAUCUUCUAACGAGCUGAAGACAGAUUUGUUUUCUGGGGUUUAACAUGUAAUUCAAUCCUGGUUGUUUUCAUCCUCAGCUUCCAUCUUUGCACUUCAGAGGGCUUCAUCUUGAAGGAUGAUGCUGGACUUAGUUCCUCUGUUGUGUGUUGGCCCACGUGCCAGAGAGCAGGCCAUUUAUUCCUGCAGGUGGCCUGUAUGGUACCUUGUGGCUGUUCGGUACACCCCAACUUAAGAUAACUGUAGGAUUCAGCAGGAGCACAUCCCGCCUCUCUUUGUUCUAUUUGUGGCUCUUUCCUCCUCAAGGCUGUGCGGCGUGCCUGACUCAAGACAGGAUGAUCGCGCGGUCAAGAGUUGUGACUAACUCUCAGCAGUGCUACUGAGUGAUGUCUGUGAAAAUGCUCGCCUGACCAUCAAGUCAUAAGAAUACAAGAACAAUCAGUAACACUCCUGGACCAGUAUCUAAGUGGACUCUGGGGCUCUUUUUGGAUGGGAAAUAUAAGCUGGAGGAGCCAGGCCUCUUCGGAGGACACUGACUCCUCUCUACAGGGAGAUCAAGAUGAGGAUACAGGUAAAGACACAGAAAUGCAUUGCUCAACUCAUCCUAAUGCUGACAUUAGUCUUUUGCUAUUGAGCGAAUGGGAUUGACUGGUGAGCUGGGUGAUGUUGCAACAAGUAUGAUAUAUAUGUGAUAUAUUCUGCAUUGAUUGCAUUGUUACUUCUGAUGCAUGACUUAAAAUUGUUACCAGUUUGAGGAGUGUGCUGAUGGCUAGGGGCAGACAGACAGCCAAUUAGCUGAACUUUCAAUUAAGUGUAUUGGCAUUCAACUUAACAUUUUUUUUCUGAAAUUGUCCUUUAUAUAUUUACGGACUCAUACCAUUGAAAUAAUCCUGAAAACAUAUCCAUUCUUUAAGCAAUCAUUGUAAACACUUAUAGGUGGACACAGCAUGUCAGGAGGGGCUGCCUGCUGAGUUGCUGCAAAAAUAAGCUCAGCUUGUGUUUUGGAGUAAGUUUAGCGUUCCUACUGUAUUCAUUAUAAAGGAGGUCUUUUCAAAAAGACAGUGACCCUCCAAUACUUACAGCUGAUAGGGGGCUUCCAGCUGAGCUGCUGCAACCAUAAGUUCAGUUCGUCUCAAGUUAGGUUUGUUUUUGUGAAGGGUUUCUGUAGUUGUCAUUGCUAAAUAAGUUUUACCAGUAAAUGAAAGCACCUGCAAAGUUGGUUGCGUUUUCCUAAACAGAUCCAGAAAUUGCCUGACAGGGGGACUGCUAGCUGAGCUGUUACCCUGAUGAUGAUAAUAGUAAUCGUACAUUUCAUUUAUACUGCACUUUACAUCUGAGAAAACAGACCUCAAUGUGCACAUUAGUAAAAGGCAAUAGUAAAAACAACAAAUAGUAAUGAAAACAACAACAGUUAUUAAGAAUGACCUGUUGCCUUUGGGGGCUGCCAGCUGAGCUGCUGCAAACAUGAGCCCAGCUUGUCCUUUGGAGCAACUUGUUUUGUGUAAGGAUUCAUAGAGCAGUCAGUGUUAAAGAGCUGGAAACCUGCAAAGGUCUUCUCCUUUUCAAAAAGAACAGGUCAUGAUAUUAAAUGUUAAAUCAGUAAAUAAGGUACUGUCAAGUUAACAAUCAGUGACCCUUUAGCACUCACACAGAGGGUUUUGUGAGGGGGCUGCCAGCUGAGCUGCCUCAAACAUAAGCUCGGUUUGCCUUUUCUCCUGUAGGUCUGCUCAUAUGGAGUAAAAUGUGUUUCACUGGAGUCGAAUAAAGUUUUAUCUCCACAUCUUUUCUCCAUAAAUGAAAAACAGCAAAAACAAAGGGUAAAGAUAAUUCACAGGCCAAAACACAGACCCUGUUAACUCCAGUAAAAACAGUCUUCAGCACAGGGUUUUGAAUGGCUUUCACACUCACAGAAGUCACUUAUUAUUGUAUUCAUGCCGUGAAUGUAUUCAGCAGUUUUUAGUGACAUAAAUGCAUGCUGGCAUUGUGUUUUUUGGAAUGUGUACUUCUUUGUUGAAAGCAGCUGCUGCCAGUUUUGGAGCAAAAAGGACUCGCUGGCAGAAUAAAAUGCAGGGGACAUUCCUCGCUGUGCUUUUUGUGUCGUGUGGCUUUAUAGAAGGUGCUCAUUUGUUCCGCUGAAGCCUUGGGCGGACCCAGCCCAAGGAGGCAGCUCUGCAGGGCUGCAAGCUGCGUCUCUGCCUUAUCACCCCCUAAAGUUUGCAGACAGAAGGCACAGCCGCUGCGGUACUGGCUCAUGGGGUGAGGCUCUGCCAGUGUGCCAUGGUUCUGUUGUUGUAAUCCAGUUACACAACACCAGAAUUCGGUUUGUCACACGGUGGGGCAUCUUUAAUCCCACCUGCCUGCCUUGCUUCAUCAUGGCAGCUUAGCCAUAUUUGUUGACCCACAUGUUGGAGUUAAUGCUGUUUGAUGUAUGAGUGUUUCCACCGAGUUUGUGCAUCUUGUGCUAGGCUGUGUGAACACAUCCACCCUGGUGACUCUAUAACACAUGGAGGCUCCAUAAUUAAGGUAGUUGAGUCCAUCAUUGUGUAAUUACACAGUGCCGAGUGCCAUAACAUCUUGUUUUGAAAACACACAGUCUGUGGUGUGUUUGGACUAAUAAAUCUGUGCAGCUCAGUCCACUGCAGAGUACGAGUCAAGUGUGUGUUCCAUGUCUGUCUGAUCUGAUCUGUGCAGCCGUCCUUGCUGUGAUGGCACACGCUCAGAACAAUUAGUGAGACAGAUUGCACGAUGGUACAGAUGAGAGGGUCUGAGGCUCAGUAGUCUGCUUGAAAAACACAGAUUCACACUAUAAUCAAGCGGAUGAUUCCACUUUUCAAGCUCAAAAAGCAGAAUCAGCUGAUACCAAUCUUGAGCAGAUUCACUUCAGAUGCAGCUGUGUUGACUGACGACUCCUCCUCCUCCUCCGAUGCCUCCCAGUUUUCAAACACACUGCCAGCCCAAAUCUUAUUUUCUGCCAUGUCCAGAUUGUUAUGAAAUUGAUUUUACAAACUCUGCAAAGCAAAAGAGAAUAAGAAAUGUGAUUUUUUUUUUUUCUGUAGAGCAGCUUCAGCCUAGUGGACAGACAUGUGCACAGACGGUAUAGCCCUAGUUGGAGCAAUCACCUGCUCAACUCUGAGCCACGUCGCUUUACUCCCUGCAUCUCAUGUCUCUCUUCAGUUCCAUCAAUCAGUGCAAGAGUUCUACCACACCUUACACUCCAGCACUCUUGUUACCCUGGACUCUCAAUUUAAAUAUUUAAGUGUCUUUGCAAUAUGGAACACAACACUGACUUCAAAUCGAGAGCGAUAGAGCUGCAGAACGGAGCAGAGUCUGUGCUGCUGCCAACAGUAUGAAAGGAUUUGUUUGGAAAAGCUAUCACAACAGUGUACAAAGAUACUAACAUGUAUUUGCUACCACAGGUGGACACUAAUCUUGCUAAGAACAGAGGGGACAGUCUGCUUAAAUAAAAGGACAGCUGUGUUGUACUUAAUUUUUGAUUGGUAGAAAUCCCGUAGCAACAAGGAUAUUUCUGAAUAGCAAGAUCGAAACCAGGUGUAACCAGAUUGCUAGCAUCAUUGUACAUAAAUCAACAAAAGGAGUACUGCAUAUUUGUGAGGUUCAUGAUUUCACCUUGUCCUGUUAACAUUGUGGCAAAAAAGUUUGUUUUUAAUCGUUUUAGUAAACAGAAAAAGAAAAAAAAAUUAAUACAAUCCCUAUUUAUUUCAAGGGUACAAAGCUUAAGAUCGACUGACCAGUCACCAGGUAGAGGGGAUAAAUCAAGAUGAGAGGUGAAGGAUGUUAGACACAAAAAGCUAUUUAAAAGACAUCCACCAAAUUGAAGAAAACAGGGGUUUUGUUGAGUGUGGCAACCAUUAACAUGGCUAAGCAUCGCCAGACUUUGACCUUUCCUGCAGGUUAACGUCCUCUUACCUGUGCUUACCUGUCACCAGCAAAGGGACACGAGGAGUAAUGAAAGCUUAUUGUAAGAGACAUCCAGCAAAUUGACGAAGACAGACACAAAACAACAACAAACCACAACAUGUUGUGGCUUUGGCAGUGUUAUAGGACUUGUUAGUGUUAAAUUGAUCCACUUUGGGGUCUUGUGAAGAGAGUCUAUUUCACAUAACCACCUGAUCUUCAUAUACUUUCCCUUACCUGUACUUUUAAGUAGUCCUGGAUAUGUGUUAAGUCUUUGUCCUUUUAAAAAAACCACUGUGACUCAGUGGUAUCACUGAAACUCCUAAUGUGAAGUGCUCUAUGAUGUUUUCUUUCAGUUCUUGUUUUGUGAUGAGAUGUUACGCCUCAGCUUCCCAAAAUUUGUGGUUUUUCAACACUCAGAGCAGAAAACCCCUGCUGUUACGCACAACCUAUGAUAUCAUGCCCAUUUGAAUGCAGCAACCAAGUGUAUCUUUGGGUAAUACAGUGCACUUGCUGGCUACUAUAUUAUAAUACAGACACUGUAAUGGCCACCACUAAAAAAUGAAAAAUCACCCCGUCCACAUGCAAUUUUCUGAGCAGUCAAAAUGAAGAGAGCAGCAGGGAGGGAGAGUCCGAAUGACAACCAUUUCAACAGCCGAGGGAGAAAAAAUGUGGAGAUUCUGAAAAAAGGGUCUUAUAUCAUGUCAUUCUUUGUGUGUCUGUGUGUGUGUGUUCUCAUGUUGAGUGUGUCAAAUCACUCAGACCCCAGGGUGGCAUGGUUGGGUCAGGGAGCUGGCACACAAUGAAGGGGAUGUCCCACAGUUGCUGCCAGUUUCCGUCGCCAGUCUAAAUCAGGCCUGGAGAGAGAAGCUGACGGCGCUUGCAAAUGAGUUGUUGUCAAGGCAGACGUGGGCAUGUGAGUGUUUGUGUGUAUUUGUGCGCAUGCUUGUCUGGGUACAUAAAAUGAUUGUGAUUCACUGGUUUGAUUCUAUUUUAUCGUACCCAGACAUGGCAUGCUUUGAUGCACACACAAUUUUCAGUCUGUCAGUAGUUAUGAGCCUGUAGCCCUUCGUCUGCCUGCGCUGACCCACUUCCUCUUGGAUGUUCAUCCUCAUACAUCCUGAGUGAGAGAACGUGUUUUUAAAAUAGCUAUAAAACAUGCAACACUGUGGUUUUAUGAGCUUCCAAGGAAAUUGUUAAACCCUCUGAUAGAGUGAAUUAAGUGGAUGUUGGCUGUAGAGGGUUGGUUUUCAGGGUUGCAUCCAGCUCACAUUUGACUUCACAUUUCUUCUUCUCCCGGGAAUAAAUCUCAAACUUCUUUUGCACAGGCCGAGGCUUUUAACUUGAAGAUAGAACCACAAACUUUUCACUGUCAGUCCUCCCAGAGUAAACGCAUCCUUCUGUUCCUCUGGUUCUCACAUUUUUUUUUAUCAUUUCAACAUUUUUUGAACGGAUGUGAAGCAACACUUAUUGGACUCUGGCAUCCCAACGUAUUUUGCACAUAUAAACAGAAAAACAACACUUAAAAUGAGAAGGGAGUGAAGUAGGGGGGAAACAAAACAACAACACUAAUGAAGAAAAAUCCCCUCCUCUAAAAACUCUCCCUCAGAGCGAAAAACUUGGAACAACAUAAAUGUUCCAGAUCGAACAAUCGCUGUCAAUACUGCAUUUGUUAGAUGUGGAAGAAAAAGUCCCUCCUGUUUGUUAAUCAUAGCAGGUUUGAUCGUCUGGAUGUACUCUCUGUUACUUGUUUCUUCAAACAUCUGCAUCACUGUAGGUACGCUGUCUUAUUUCAGACGUCCGUUAAUGAGUUGGUUUGCCUUAAACCACGUAUGAGAAAUCAUCUUGAACAUUCUGAUGUGAUAGGAAGGAUACUGCAAAUUCAAAGGAGAAUUUGUGCAUUACCAUUUCUUUGGUGCUGCUGUCUAGCUAUAUGGCACACAACACCAUGAGAAAGAAUAUUCGUUUUUUUUUCCUAUAGUUGGACAGCAAAUUUUAAUUCUGGCAAGUCUCAUUGCUUGAGAGGAAGCCCAACAGCCCACAAAAAACUCUGUCUUCAUACUCUAGUAAACAGUGAAAAACUGUUGCUUUACAAGUAGUGUCUGUGCUUGUUUACAUCCGUAUAGUAGAGCAUUACAGCAUUACGAAUGUUGAAACCAACCAGAGCGACAAUCCUGGCUUUUAACCUUCCUCCUGUGUUAGCUUUUACUACGCACCCACUAUGUUAAUGGGUUGGUUUCAACCUGUGACUUAAAUCAGCUGCAAAUUAGUUUUUGCUCUAAUUAUUGAUUUUUAAUCCGGGUCAACAGUGACCCUAACACAACAAGUGCCAUAAUUUUGAUAAGAGCAUUUUAUAAUUUAGUCAAUUAAAUUUUUUUGCUUUCAUUUUGUUGAAAUAGAGGUUCCUGACAAAGUCAAAAAGUCUUGAUGCAAAAAAGCUAAUUUAUGUGGUUUUUUUAAGCAUUUAAAAACAAAAUGAGUUGGUGCAGACCUUAACACAGGAGGAGGGUUAACAGCUUGGAAACAUCACAUCAAUUAAGACUUUUAAUAAAAAACACAAAUGCCUCAAAAUAGUAGAAGAGACGCUGAAAAAAUGAUGCAGGAUAGGCAGGCUAGUGUUGGCAACUUCAUCAGUAAAAUGCUUGACAUCAUGAAGGACUCCACCUGUUGAACCUGACCUCUCCUUCAUAAAAACAUGCAAAUAAAGCAGGUUUAAGUACAUCACAUUGAGGACUUUACGGUACCAGAUGUGUUGCGAAGGGUCGGCUAGUGUAUCCUGUUUGUUGGACAGCUUGGAGCAUAAUUGAAACAUCAGCUGUGACAAAAAAAAAGUGCUGUCCUCUUCUGUUCAGUUUAUCUGCCGCAGUACAGUAUGUGUGCAGAGGGCAGAUCAUCAAUGUGCCUUUUUUUUUUCAUUCAUUUUUUCCACAGUAAUGUUGUUAAUAAAGAGCUGAUCCCCUAAGAUCCUCAACAAUUGAGCGCCUGCUGUCUUGGCCCCGCCCUCUUUUUUAAACUUUCACAUCAUGUGCCUCCCGGCUUCACGUCCUGUCUCAACAUGCUGUUUCAUGUGGAAAAAUGUCAAACCACAAGAGAAACUAAGAAACUGUUUUUAUGUGACCUUUUACAAAAAUAUAUGUGUCACCACAAUAGACUUAACUUAGAAAGUCAAAGAUCAGUGUUUUUUUUAUUUCUUCUUUAUAUAGUAACAUGGAAACAAAGAGAUUUAAAGAAAGAAAAUUGACUCAGAAGACCAAAAUGAGGAAAUGGUAAACUUGUGAAAUGAUGUGCAAGGAGAGGAUGAAACACCGUCAUUGUUGUGUUUUUGUGCAUGAGGUCUCAAAAAUGUUAAAAGCAUGUGUCGGCUUACUCAUCCCCCACGUAUUUUUAACAACCGCUGCCUAAUUAUAAGUGGCUACGUGAGGGCGAGUCUUGUUUUCUGUGGCCAACAACUUCUGUCAUCCGAAACCUAUUUUGGAGAAGCUGUGAAAAAAGUCUGAAAAAGUGGAGAACUCUGUUUUGCCACAUCGCGUUCAACUUGAGAUAAGAUGUAUUGUUUGGAAUCCAUCUGUCGGGCCCGUCCGUUGCAAUGUGUGCGUGCAAGAAGUGUCAAGGGGUCCACAAGCAGACAAGACGGGCUUUGUACGGCGCUCCAUCGCGGGCAGAGUGGUACCACUCCUCGCUGCUUGAGGCCAUUUACUCACAAGAUCGUUGUUGCUUAUGCUUCCAUCUCUGUGUAUGUCUGUUUCUUGUACUCAGGCAGUGAAGUGAUCGGCUCUCUUGUGGCUGUUUGUCUGUGUGUAGGAUCACUCUCCCGUCUCAAGUGCUUUAUGGAGCCUGUCUGCCUCUCGCUCUCUCGCAGCUGCCGAGAAUUCAUCUCAGUAGAUCACAGGGUUUUUUAGCUGUCGCAGUGUCUCUGUUCUGCUGCUGCCUGAUGUUACAGAUACUGACAAGCCAGGUAUUUAUAGCGCUUUGUGCUUCUUUAGUCUAUCGGUUUCACCCAAAGGUGAUCCUGCUGUCUGCCAGUCGGUUUCCUCUUACUCUUCUCAGCACAUGAUCAGAAAGCCAGCUUAAAACAGAAGCAAGCAAAACGCUGUAAACAACAGCAGCUAGAAGGUCAGUUGAAGGAUCAUGCUGCUUUGGAGUGUUUCUGCUCGGUGGGUGUGUGCGCACUGUGCUCAGAAAUCUUGUGAGGUGUGGAAGCAGGGGGUUCUGGGUCCAGAGAAGAGGGAGUGGCUCUCAGGGAGGGAGACAAGGGACAGGAAAUAGUGCCAGUGGCCUCGGCGUCAGGGGGGAAGGAACAGGAGUGGUACCCAGGAUGGUGUGUAUGUGUUGUGUGAUUUCCCGCCUUUAACCCUCUACGGCUCAUGCGUUCACACCACACUCGAGUAUAACAGUGUAAAUGUGUGCCACUACAUGUCCUCCCUUAGCUCUCUUGAUACUUCGGUAAAAUCAUUGGCCGUGUCAAUUUUUUCCAGAAUUCGCAGGAGCUGUAAAAAUUCCCCAUCAGGUCAAGUUGUUUUGUCGAACUAACCCUUUAACUUUUAAAAAGGCACUUUAUCUUUUACAUUAACAAAAAUAGCAAAGAGUAGUCCCAGUUUAGAGGUAGACUGAUUAAUGGGGCUUGUUAGGGCAGAUUAUUAGCAUUUUGAAAUAACCAGCUGCAGCCAAUAUCUACAUCGUUAGCACACCCUUCAACAUUCUCCAUGCAGAGCUGGGGUGCUGAGGAAUACAGAGAAAUACGCCAAUGCUGAUACUUUUAAACCAGCUAGCUCGCUAACUAUUUAAUCAGCCAAAAACAAACCUUUCGAUUUUUUUUAACCUACUUAUAUACAAAAGAUGUAGGUACACAGACAUUGGCCUAAAUCUUCUAUGAUGGUACCAAAGUAAUAGAAACAGAUUCUUACAUCUUUAUUUGAAGUAACUACUUACAUGUCUUAUGUGCUAUGAUAUUUGGCAAAGGUACCCAGAUCUUUAAAAUGUAGAUCUUCGACUAGGGUACCUAGAUUUCAUUAUUCAAGACGUUCUUAAGAUCUUUGAUUUAGGUACCUAGGUCUUAACUUAAAGGGAUAUUCUGGCGUAAAAUAAAUUUAGGGUCAAACACACCGUAACACCAAGUUAGACACCCUCCCAGAGAUGAAUGUUGCUGCUCACCGCUUGCGUCUCUAGUUAUACCAGUUUUGGUAACGACCGCACGAUAGCAAUACACAGCAGUUUGAGGAGCCAUACACACACAAACCUCAACCAGAACUCCACUCUGUAGCCGCAAAUAAUGCUCAGAACAGCACCUAACUUCAUCAACAGUACAUAUAGGGUCCCAGCCAUAGCACUAGCCACCAAACAUCUUUUUAACUUUGCCUAAUUUCUUUAGCAAAGAGACUAAACACAACUCACCUACUCUCUUCCAGCAGCCGCUUGUUUGUAGCGAGACCUUGGGCCAGUUCAUUACAGAAUACAGUGGGGUGACGCAGCUCAAGGAAGAGCAUUUAUGAUCAUUUCUUUAUAAUUUCCUUGAAGUAAUAAUCACCAAUUUUACGCCGGAAUAUCCCUUUGAGUACCCAGGGAUUUGUUUAGGACACCUGGAUCUUUGACGAUGGUACCUGGAUUACCCUGACUGCAGUUUGUAGAUAGUUCCAGGUACAUAAAUCUUUGAAUUGGGUACCUGGAUCUUUGAUUUAGGUAUCUAAACUUUUUGGAGAAAAUAAAAACAAAAAAAUCUGGGGAAAGAAAAAACAUUCUUGGAACAUGCAGACGAGUAACUGGAAGAAACCAAGUUAUUUACAAGUAUUUUAAUCACCUACAAAGAGCUUUUGGAUACGAUCUAAGUUUUUAGCGUGUAACACUGUGGUUCCAGUUCACGCCUGACCUCUCCUAUUUCACUUUGCUGUUUACUCAGCUCUUUCUGUCACUGUGCCAAACUGUGUGUGCAGCUUUCUUUUUCUUUUUACCCCUACAGCUAGGGCAUCAAAAGCUCGCCUGUAGACCAUGUUGCAUUUGUUGUGGAUUCUGUUGAAAACCAGGCCCCACGGCCUCUUUACUGCGACCUUUUUCUGCUCGUGGUUGAAUAGUUUACAGGAGCUCUUUGUUCGCUCAUUUGUUUCUAUCUGUGGCCGUGGAUGUGCAUUAUGCGUAUGUGUGUGCCUGUUGUACAUCGGACAAUUGAGUGACCUAGACCUCAGGGCUCGCUCCAUAGCUUUCAGCGCAACCAAACUGAGCUGCUGUGCCAAGUGCCCCCAUUAACUUGUUCCAUUAGCUCGUCUGGUGCCCACUACAAGACCCUAACCAGACAAAAAAGUGGAGGUUAUCCGAAUAGCUGCGACAGUUUAAAGGUCUGUGUUAACCCAGAGUCAAUGCUAAAGCAUGCAAGAUUCUUAAUAACGUGCAGUUAAUGAAAUCACAGCGCCACACAGACAUGCUAACAUAAAAGGGAGGGUGUGAAAGAGUGGCCAUCAAAAGCAGUGGAGCGGAGGAAUGAAUGAGUAAUAAUAAAAGUAGUUGGGGGGUGGGGGGGUUAUGGCAAAUGGGCCACCAGCAACAGUCCCAAGAGUCUAUGUGGACAAACACUUUUUUUCCAUUAUGUGCAAAUGUGGACAAACAAUGCGGCCAUCACUGUCAUCACACUAAGUAGAAAAAAAGAACUGUGGGGGCCAACAGGCAGCAGUGGUCUCAGGCAGAAUAAACCUCCAGACUGCCAGCCCGGGGAAGCAGCAGCAGCAGCAGCGGUUUAGCCGGCACAAAGGAGUACAGAGAAACACAGACGGAGGAAAAGAUGCUUGUCAGAGAGAGCUUUCGAAGAAGGAGUGCAGUUUGCUUCAUACUUAAACAGAGGACGCAUUGAGGCUAGAAACUUGUAAAUGUUUAUGCCUCCACACAAUACAUGGGUCUAAUGGUCCCACCCUUUUCCGAAACACCACCUUCCAGGCUGCUGGCCUACAUUUGACACGUUACAGAGCGGUGUGUGAGAACACACUGGAUUAAAAAUACACUAAUCUGAUUGGAAGUGUUUUUAUUCCAGAGUACAUCAGAAAUUUCCUCAGGAAGUUUCUCAUUAAUAAAUUAAAGCCUGGCCAGAAAAGUUCUUGGAACGCUUCACUUUGGAUUAAUUCUGUGAUAGUAUUAAAAAUUUAAACGACUAAGAGGGACAAACCUUCUCUUUGUGGGCUUUAAACACAACUUCAGCUGGCAAACUGUGUGGACUAUGAAAAGUCCUUUAAGGUUAUAACUGUAUAUUUAUGCUACAUAGUUAACCUGUCCACUGUUUCCUUUAAAAUGAACAUUUAGACAUUGAAACAGCUGCCCAAUGGGUGAAACUAGUCAUAGUUUGAAGAGCUCCUAUGAGAAGUUUUAAUCUUGUUAUGAUUUAGAGUCAUGUCCCCCCGUGACCUAAAAAAGAAAACAAAACUAUCAACAAAAUGAUCGACUAUGUCUGUGCAGUUAUUUUUAAUGUCUGAAACUACAGGUGGGAGGGUAGGUGUCAGACCAAGAGACUAUCUGUAGGCCUCUAAUGCAGCUUUGGUCAUGUUUCAUGGCCAAUGGUCUGAAUGAGUGAGCGAUUUGACAGUUGAAGGAGAGAAGAAUAAGACCUCUUGGUAGGAAACAUUCAUUAUACUAAGAGAAGACAAAAUCAGUAAAGAUUGCUUUGUCUAAGGGGGUGCUGCAAUCAACUUACAGGAGCUUUAAAUCACAGUCACUAUUUAAUACUGAUUUAGUUUUGAAUAAAAAGGGGAUAUAAGUUUAUUUAAGAGAAGAGCUUGUUUGACUGAGACAAUAACAUCAGAUUCCAGUGGAAAUCUGGAGGUGUUUUCGUGGUCUCCGUGCUGGUGGAAAGGUAAAGGCGAAGUUGAAGGCUAGGAAAUGGAGACAUAUGCCCUUUCUUCUAUCAGUCAUCAUGGGAAAUGUCAACUCUCUUCCCAACAAAACCAACAAACUAGAGGUAUCAGUGAAGACUGAGAAAGCAUACUGCAACGGCUGAGGUUCCAUGUAAUGUUCUCUAUGAUACUGUUGCAAGGAUACAGACUCAACAUCCUGAGGCACUCCCAGGAUGAUUCCAGAUAAAUGAAUUGCCCAUUGGGGAUCAAUUAAGUUCUUGUAUUGUGUUGUAUUGUAUUGUAUUGAAUAUUCUUUCCAGUUCUCACCGCCCUUCCAAAAAUGAUCAGGCACUAGUUUGGCUGAGUGGUUGAAUUACACAACCAUUUAUUGUAGAACCGUAGUCCAGGCAGGUAGCCAGGGAUGGAUUGUAAAACUUAACCACUGUCAUUCCCGCUCUGACUCUUUCCUGUUCUGUCUCCAAAAUAAAAGCACCAAAGGCCCAAAUGAUCGAAGUUUCUGCUUUGACUUUGACAGACACGUGCAUCCUUUGACCCAGUACACUUGCAGUAGUAUGGCUGCUAAUUCACUCAAAAAGACAAGUGUUAGAAAUUUGGUCUCAACUAUCCUCAUGGAGGAGCUGAGAGUCCUCAGGCUUGUGCAGAUGGAAACUAGAGCUAUCUAGACAAGAACCACGAGCACCUCGAAGUCUCAUGACUCUAUACCUCUUAAUAUCUACACGUCACCAACCACACCGCAUCUGCUACCUGUGUAAUUAUGGAAGUGUGCAUAGUCUGCUCUGACCUCAGCAGCCGUGAGUUGAAGCAGAGUUUAUUUAAAGCUCUGUUAUGACUAUAAAACAUUGUUUGCUUCUCUUCCUUGUACUGCCUCGAACCCUGUUUUUGCGAACACGCAGUGAUACAGUAUAACCCUGUGACUGUUUUCUUUGCACAACACUGUUGCAAAACAUUGCUCCGAGCCACUGUUUUAUAGCUGUACAUGACAGAGGACUCAGAUGAUAGAUGAUGCAUUGUGUGUCUGCUGUUUUUCAGAGUGGUAUUGCACUUUGCUAAGGCUGGCUUUUGAACUUCAGGGGGGAGAAAAGCUCUUGUUGACCUGCUAAUGUGAUUGCUAGCAUGUGUCGGAGCCAAAAUGUAGGGCGGCGUAGUUUGUUUUGCUCUGAAAAGCACGAAAAUGUUUGUUUUGUUGUAAAUUAAUGAUUUGUUUUUAAUCUCCUCUGUAGAUGGGAUGGAAAUGUCUGGAUGUGAUUCUGCUGCUGACAUCUCUGCGCGCUGCUUGUUGCCUCUUUCUGCUUUAAUGCGACAUGUUUCCAACCCCCCUGAAAAUAUUCACUCAGAGUGCUGGGUGUAAUGUUUCAUAAAGGCUGUUUAAUCAGAAAUCAGAUAAAAUUUUCAUCUUCUCUUAACGCUUCAAUCCAAAACAGCUGCUCAAAGGUGACAAAACAGUGAGAAAGGGCAUGAGGGUGCUUUUAAUUCUCUUAUUAUCUCAGAGUGCCAUCUCAUGACUCAUAGGGGUAACAGUACCAGCCUCACAGAUCAGGACUUCCCCCAUUUACACCUAUUCUUCAUCACCAGUCUACUGUGUCACUUCUGGAGUCUGAUCUGAGAGCAGAUGGAGCAAAUACCCAAAAGGAAAGACACAGUUGUCGAGGGGCUUUUUCAAAAUCUUCCCCCUGACGCACACAGGCUGAACAUUGAUGACCGAGCGCAGUCCUGGCAAAGCAGUUAUGGAUCUGGUUUGCUGUUCUGUAUUAUAGAUCAGGGUUAUAGAUCUCCUCAUGUUGUGUAGCCACGCUCUGUUAGCCAUGGUCCACCAGGCAGUCUGCUCCUAGCAUGUGGAGCGCCUCCAUCACUACAUUGAUAUUUGCUCCAGGGUGUUGACCCAUAGUUGGUGGGCCUGCUGCACUAGUCAUUGACACACUGAUGAGCAUGUUUGUGUAAGUUAUUUAUAGCGUGAAAUAUUGGCUGAUGUGGUGCUGAUGGAGGAUAUGUUCUUUUUUUCCCGAGUGAAAGGAAUGCAGGAUGUGUUUUGUUUUUUUUCUUCUUAAGAAAUCGACAAAGAUUUGACUUAAAAACUUGACUUUAAAAAACAAAUUUGUAUGUCUCAUUGUGAAGAGUUAGAUAUAAAGAUAUAGGGUCGAUAAAGUUAGGUCAAAUAAGAAUCGGUUGGGGUGAUGAUGGCCUUGCGGACCCCACGUAUGCAGGCGGCCUGGGUUUGAUUUUCCAUCCCCUGCUCUAUCUCUUUUCCGUCAAUAAAUGACAAACAAACCUCAAAAUAAAGACUCAGUAGUAGUUUCAAAGCAGAUAUGGUGUAAAGAACGUGCACAUCCACACAAACAGAGAGUUGCAGGAUUUCGUUUGUUCAUCGUUGUAGCACUUCUUCCUCCCUACUCUGUGUGUCUCUGCUCCUCCUUCUGUCACAGCCAUGACGCCACUUACUGAUAUUGUUUUCGGACACCAGUUAUGACAAAUCAGCUAUAGAUGACAGAUAAAAAAAGGGCAGUCAUUCUCCUCAGGAAGUGAAAAGUAAUCAUUAAGCGAAAGCUAGGAUUCUUGGUUUGAAAGGUGAUGGUGGAGGCCUAGCAUUUGUAUGAAUAGGGCUGGGCGAUAGACCGAAAAUUUACAAAUAUCGAAAUUUACGACAAUAACUGACGUCAUUUUGCCUAUGUCAUUACAUUCGGUUUUAAAAAAAGUACAUAAAUAAAAAUUAGUUUUGGAUGUGUGUAGGUAGGUUAUGGUCUCAUGUCCCUUUAAGACACUGUCCUGUGUCCGAGACUUGACUCCACCCAAUUCAGUCCAUAACAAAGAGGAAAAGACAGGUGAGGAGAUGGAGGACGGUUCAAAAGUUGAAGCGGCUGAAGUGGACGGAAGUUAAUGUGGCAGGGGGUGAGCUGCUUGUGGAGUAGUUAUUGUCCAUUUAUCGUUAUCAAGGUGAACUGCUCAAUAUAUCGUGAUAUUGAUUUGAGGCCAUAUCGCCCUGCCCUAGUCUAGAAAUUGUAAAACUUCUGCAUUCUGGUUACUGAUUCUUGCUGUUUGUCUAGAAAGGUGGCUGUAGAGCUUGAGCUGUGCCAGGGCUCUCUGGGCAAGACAAAAUCCACCUUGUUGUGGUUGUUGAUAGAGUUGUGACGUAGUAAGCGGCUGAAAAACAACAGUAAUUUGUGCGUCACUUUGCCUCGCCUAAUUUAAUAGUCUGCAUGGAAACAAUCCUCUCUGUCUUAUUUACUCAUUUUUUAAUUGAAAUACAAUAGUGGACCAGACACUUAACAUCCAUUGUGUAUGAUUUACUCACUCAGGAAAUAGACUGGGUGCUCUCAGUGCUCCUGUGGCUCUUCAUUAAACAGCACAGAUGUAAAACUGUAAAACCCACCACUGGACUUCUUCCUCCAUUACUCCUCUAACCAGCCAUUAACCAGGACCACACUCAGUCUGCAUUAGAGCUUCCUCCCACUCCUGCCAUCUUCAAAGUGUGGCUAGGUUUGCAGCUUUGACACACGCAAACAUAUCCAUGCACACACACGCACACACACACACACACGCACCUUUGUAUCCUAUAUUGCAGCUUGUUGAUAACCCAGAACAUAAAGAGGAUUGGUAUUGAAAAUUGAACACAGCCUGCAGGAAGCUAACCACUACAAUGCAGAGAAUAAAUAAUUCACUGAGCACUUGACUAUUUCCUGUUGAAUUUCCUCUCUUUCCUCUCCAUUUUUCUCCCUGCUGUUCAUCUGAUGCGCCUGGGGCUCACAUACCACACUCCUGCUUCUCAGCAGGUUCCGCCUGUGGAGAUAUGAUAUUCUGCAAUUUUUUGUUUUACAGUGUAGCAGACAGUAAAUCCCCCCAUGUUGUCAUUUUAAUAGACAGAAGAGGCCUUGUUGUAGGUGUUUGAUAUUUACAGAUGCUCACCUCAGGGUGGGGUUUCUCUGAUUUUUGUUCGCUCUAAUUAAAUGCAUGCACAGGAUCUAAUCUGUGUAGUAGAAGGACUGUAAAUGUGUUUAACUCCAGUUCUGACCAGUUCCAAAGAGAGAAACUGAAGUCCCCUUUAUUUGUUUAUGACAUCUGCUUCACUAUUAUUCCUUCACUUGGACUUCUGAUCCACAGUAUCUUAUUAUAUGAGGAAAAAUGAACUUCCAGCUAGGGGUGCAUAAUUUUGGAUUUUUGCCAAUAUCAUAUAUGACAGUAGUUUCAAGCUCAUUACCUAUUAGAGCUGGGCGAUAAACCAAAAAUUUACAGAUACCGAAAUUUACGACAAUGAAAAAGAAAAAUGGUUUUGGAUGUGUGUAGGUAGGCUAUGGUCUCAUGUCCCUUAAAGACGCUGUCCUACGUUAGAGACGUGACUCCACCCCAUCCAGUCCGUAACAAAGAGGGAAAGACAGGUGAGGAGAUGAAGGACAGUUCAAAAGUUGUAACAGCUGGAGCGGCGGCUGAAGUAGACGAAGUUGAUGUGGGAAGGUUGAAGCAGCUUGUGAAGUAGUUAUCGUCCAUUUAUCGAGGUGAACUGCGCAAUAUAUCGUGAUAUUGAUUUUAGGCCAUAUCACCCAGCCCUACUACCUUUAUUAAUACAGAUGCUGGCAUAUAUAAGCUGUAACUUUUCAUAUCUGCAAACACUGAUAAUGAACUUUUUCAGCUAUUAUCUGCUGCUACCGAUAUUUCUUACUCUUGCUUUGAACAAUUUUGCUAAUAUCCAUCGAACAUUGAAUCUUAGCUAUGGUUUUGCACUCCCUAGCUAUAUUAAACUUUUUGCAAUAAGACUUAUUGACUUACUCUCUAAAAAAGUCUCACUAAUGUGUUCAGUUUUUCAGCAUGUUAGAUUUCCAGUGUUGGAUUAUUAUAGUGCUGAACAGGCUGUCAUUGAAGAGAACAUCAUAUAUUUUGCUGGUCAGUUCUCAAAAGCUUCAAUCACCUCUCCUUCACACAUAACUUUAACUCUUUCCCGUGCUCACGCUUUUGAUGAGUUUUUCCCCCUUGUCCUUUUCACUCUUUCAACAGCUGGCGAAAUGACCUUAUUGACACCCGUUUCGGUCUUUUAGCGGCCUCAUCGUGUCCAAAUACGUGCACUUUCAUUGAGCAGGCCUCCUCACUGAGGGAGUUCAGCAGGAGGUGACAGCUGUGAGUGUAACCUUAGGCACAGACUCCCCCUGUAUCCCACCGGUGAGGGGCCGGCCAGCUGUCCUGUGUAGAUCACACCUGUACAGAACAACAACCAGAUCAAUCUGGCCGUCUGUCAGUUCUUCUGGACAGGCUCAUAUGUCAGCAGUCAUCAGUCAUGUUGUUGGGAUCAGGACUGGAUGGGAUCCUGGGAUUUCUGACUAUGAACGUCAGACCGCAAAAAAGUACAUAUUGAACUCAUUUAUAUGUGAAGCUCUCUGGCUUCAUUCCACCUUUGUAAAAACAGGAUUACAUUACCCUUAAACUAAAAAACCCAAUGAACCAUUUAUUCAUUUUAUUGAUAUUUCUAGAGUGAUUUUAGACAAUGUGAUUCAGCCUCAUGGGAUUUUUCAUGUACCUGAUGUGUAUGUGUGACGGUGGAAAUACCCCAUGCUGACUGAAUUUCCAUGGAAGUUACCAGAUGUACCUGGGUGGCCUUGAACGAUUCAGCAAGAGAAUUAAAUUUCUAAGUCCCAGCUGGUUCACAGUUAUAUGCAAAUGAAGUCAUUUACUUAAGUGUUUCUUAAGCACUCAUAAAUUCACACUCCUGCUGUGGCUGUAUGUGGACUUCAUGGCUAAGUUUUCAGACAAUCCAGCAACUGAAGGGUUCUUUGGGACUGGACUUUACCACAAACUUAGGUGACAACUCUCCCCUGCGUUGUUUAAUAGUUAUUCAGACAAGAGUGUUGGUUGAAAACGUCCCAAAGCCUGACCACAUAAGUUAAGCAGUAAGAAUACAACACUUGUUAAUGCCUGAGCCUUCUAUUUCCCACUUUAAGGGGUUUUGCCAAUUUGUAGACAGUUAUAAAUAUGAGAUUUUUGUUAGUGAGAAUCUUACAUUUUAGUAUGAUAUUCAUAGGAUCCUCAGUUACUAAGCUUAGCUCGUUUUACAACCCCAGAUCCAAAAAGAAGUCAACAACAAAAAACAGUCGGUCUUUAAAGGCUUGGGCUCAGAGUAGUUGCUGGAAUCAUGUCGGGAUUAUGUCUGUAAAUGAUUUCCUCUUUGCAUGCCUCAGUCUUCUUAACCUGCAUUCGUGGAUGCAGAAAUGAACUUUUGUCACAGACAGUGGUCUUUGAAAGCAAUGUAAGCCUGUGCAGUGAUUCCCACUACAGAGCGGUGUCUGUUUUGACUGCAGUGCUCCCUGAUUAUGCAGCACAUUAAAGUGAAGUUGUUGAACUCUUAGCCCUCACAGAGUGGUCUUAUUACACAGAGGGGUUUGUUAACUGUGUCACUUGUAGUGCCCCUUGUGGAAAAAGCAGUCUUUGCUUAUCUUGUCCUCUGCAUGUUUGAAUAGUGAUAUUUUUUAAUAUUAACAAAUAUGUUAUUUAUUGUGAAUGUAGGUGGAGAUUGUUUUAAAAAAGGCUGACACCCACCCCCUCACACUGGUUUCAGGCACUAAAUAUUAGGUUACAGAAAUCUCUCUAUCUCUCUGCUCAUGGUUUUGUUUGCUUAUGAACAUCAUGAAAAGGUAUUAAUACAAAUUUUAACUAUUUCACAUAAGUCAAAAACUCCUUAUAGGAGCUUUAAACAAAGGUAGAGUUUCAAACCAUCAAAAUCCUAUUUUUAAUGAACGUUUUUUGGAUUUGUAAUCUGUAAGUGACUCUAAGGUCUAGGUGUAACAGAGCGAGAGUUUAAAGCGUGUGUGUGUGUUCUGUUCUCUGUGGGCCUGUUGCAUUUUACAACAGAGGAGACAAGCUUCACCCUUUAUGGAAGUAUAACCACGCUGAACCGUUCUUCAGGCUGCCUCUGCGGCAUCAUUACACUGCAUUUUAAACAGAGCCAGGGGAAGACGUUUUGGCAGGAACCGACACGUAAAAUAGCGUUAUGAAUAACCUGCUGCAUUCUGGGAAUGUUGAGGUGUCAGAUUCCAAAAACUCUUCUCUUCAGCUCAUCUGUAAACGCAGAUUUAUGGCAGCCGAGAUCAAGAUACAGGCCGAUGGAAACACUUGGAAUGGUGCUGAGCAGGUGUACUGGAGCACAUGGAGGCAUGUUAAAGUCUGCACAGCUGUAAAACAUAAAGAAAAAAACCUCUUUUCCUUUAGGGUGUCUUUGGGUCUUGUUCUCUGAGUUCAUAACUAUUUGCAUUCAGUGUAAGAGACGUUACAACCAAUGACAUCACCACCUCAUAACUCUGGACAGCAGCAGGCAGGCAGCUGGAGAGAGAGAGGGAGAGAGAAAGAGAGAAGGAUGGCCUCAUCUCUGGUGGAGGAGUGGAGGGUGGAUGCUGAGAGGCGUACAUGACUAUAACAGAGCACUUCAAUGUGCUCACUGUAUUCUCUCCCUCGCUUUCAGCCUGUUCAUUUCUGUCUGUUGAUGAUGUCAUUUCCAUGCUGGGCCAGACUUCAGCGAACUCCAGGGGAAGGAGAAGGGGGUGGGGGUGGUUUUCUGUUCAGGGGAGAGGGAGUGGGAGGUGGCGGAGAAGUGAAUAGGGAGCAGAGGAGACAGGCAGCUAGCCCCUGUGCGCAUGAUAAACAGCUGAGCCAGCCACAGGGGGGCUGCGAUGGCGUCUGAGGGCCCGUAUCGAUCGCGGCGGCGGCAGCGGUGGCGGUGACUCAUUAUGCUGAUGUCACUGUGCCGCUGGAAUCUGGACUGAGAUUGUGGGGUUGCAGCUGUAAACUCGCACACAGUCCUUCUGGGCCUGUUAAAGCUGGAGUUGAGCAAGAAUAGGUGAACGUGCCCAGCCUCAGUUCCUGCACUUGUGCUGGGAGUAUGUAGGAAACAAGGUCGUUCAUAUGGAGCCUGCUGUCCAAUCACACGCAGCUCCACAAGCUGCCAUAAGGUGAAACUUUGCCUGGAGAGAAUCCUGGCUCUGGGCAAAUCUGGCUGAUGCAGGUAUGUACAGCCGCAGGGUACAAAAAGAGAAAUCCUCACCCUGUCAGCUCUGUCAGCUCUAUCCACACUACCCAGGCUCUAGUUAGGUGAAACAGCACAGCAUCCCCUGUGGCUAGGUUACAAAGUAUCGAUCCAGACAACUGUGGAGCAGGUUGUCACCUUCUGCAUGGUCCCCAUUGUGUCAAGUCACCUGUCGGACUCUCUGACAAGCACUUACAUCUCUCUAUCAGCCUUGGCUGGCUGACAGAAAGGCUUGAGAAGACAGAGAAAUCUGCAGUAUGCAACAGAAAAACUGCAGCAAAGACCGCCUGGCACAGGACAAAUGAAGACAUACGAACUGUGUGUAUUAGCGGUAACUUGUAGGGCUGGGCUAUAUGGCCUCAAAUCAAUAUCACAAUAUAUUCAGCAGUUCCCCUCGAUAACGAUAAAUGGACAAUAACUACUCCACAAGCUGCUCAACCCCUCCCACAUUAACCUUGUCUACUUCAGCAGCUACAACUUUUGAACCGUCCUCCAUCUCCUCACCUGUCUUUCCCUCUUUGUUACGGACUGGACGGGGUGAGGUCACGUCUCUGACGUAGGACAGCGUCUUAAAGGAACAUGAGACCAUAGCCUUCCUACACACAUUCAUAACUAAUUCUUAUUUAUGAAUUUUUUCACACUGAAUAUACAGAUAUGUGCAAAAUGAUGUUGGUUAUUGUCGCAAAUUUCGGUAUUGGUAAAUUUUCGGUUAUCGCCCAGCCCUAGUAAGUUACACUUCUUGCUCUGAAUGUUUAAACAGUUUCCAUUAAGUUAUCACUUCAAAUCCACAUGGCAUCUUCGAUUGUACAUAAAAAAGUUGAAUCGGGAUUUUCAGGUUGAGAAAUGCUACGAUUAAAGCUUAUGCUCAGAGUAUUUGCUUCUUCAUAUUAUUCCAGACAGUGUUGUGUCUGAGUUGUGUUUAUUCUGCAUGCGCAUUGUUAGGAGGAUGAAAAUAUAACUAUGCUGCUGCACUCUUGACAAGCUAAUGUUUUCUCUCUUUACUCUGCUAAUUGUGUGAAUCGGGGAAACAUAACAAACACAAUUAACCACCCCCAGGAAGAGGUUGUUUCUCUGUUGGAGUGUGGUUUUCGCCUCUGCGGUGACAUAACUAGGCUAGUAAUUAAUUUAACAAAACUUCUAUAUUUAUCUCCCUCGCACAGGCCGUCAAACUUUCGAGCUGUGUUGCACUUUCUCAGCUGAUUUGUCUACGUGGGAAAAUAUAUUUUCCUGUUGUGCUUAUGUGAGUGAUUUGAGCUGUUUGGCUGUUGGGAAGUGGGUCGAAUGCAGAUUAAAGGUGACACAGCAGUCAUGAGAUACAUUUCCAGUUGUUUAUUAAAUCAGUGAGGGAGGCAUGUGUAACCAGCAGAGCAGUCUGUGUUGUUUAUGUCUGUGAAACACUCAGAUAAGGUUUCUAGUGUAAAGCAGACCCUGAGGGGUCAUGCUUGCUUCAUCAUCCCUUGAACUUCCAGAGGAAGGGGAAGCUCCACUGGAAGUGUUCUCAUCAACAGUUUUAAUGAGGCACACGGGCGUCCUCGGCUGCCUCAGCAAACUUUGGCUUUUGCUGCGAGUCAGGGAUGAUGAGGAUUAAGGGUUGAGGAGGAGCAGCAAGAUGGGGUCUGUGCGGGGCUUAUGGAUCGAUGAUGCAGAUGGAAGCACUGUCCAGGGCUGUAAUCAACCAAAGAAAUUCUUGGUCGACUAAAACCCUUACAUUUUUCAACCAAAAAUUGACUAAUUUUCCAACUCUGACGGCAAACCCUUCUACAGCGGGGGACAACGAGGUAAAAAUAUACUGAAUAUACUGACUUCAGCACAAGAAGGUGAAUAUAAACAAAAGGCAAGUUGAAACGCUCAAAAUAAAAAUAAAUAUUCCGCAAACCACCGGACAUUGAUUACCGUGGACGAUCUUCAAUCGUCCUGUCUCCAGCCAGUCUCCAGGGUUGCGCAAAUCCAAAAUGGUGAAAACAAGGGCGGUGUUCUGAGACAGGCUGUUACCUGUGAAACGGGGGUGCUCUGAAAACACCCCCAUUAGCACUUGGUACAUUCCUCCUGAUGAAAUUAACUAUAGACUGUAAGUUGAUUCGGAAAAAAAUAAGUUGAGCAAUCAGAAUUUUGGUUGACUCAGCACAUAUCGACCACUAAUACUGUGUUCAAGUUACUUCGGAAGUCAGAAGUCCGAGCUGAAAAUGACGUCACACCUGAGUUACCAGCGUUUCAGUUACCAAGUCAGAAAAAAGCAAAAUCAGACGAGGAAACAAGAUGGCUACAUCUACGAAACUUAUUUUAGCACUUGCCUUGUCCGAACAUAAGGCAAAGCGAUAAAAUAACUUUCGUAGAUGUAGCCAUCUUGUUUCAGGCCUCCGACUUUUCUUUUUUUCCGACUUGGUAACUGAAACGCUGGCAACUCAGGUAUGCAUCAUUUUCAGCUCCGACAUCUGACUUCCGAGGUAACUCGAACACAGCGUAGUCCACUAGUCGACUAGGACUUUACAGCCCUCGUCCACAAUGAAGCUUAAUUUGUUGUGUUUUUAAUCCAUCAUUGCUUUCUAUACCGGUGGUCCUAGACUGUCAGAUUCAUGUCCCAUCAUGCAAUUUUGCUCAUGCAUCCUGUUCUCUCACACCCCUGUUAUUAGUCUCUAUCUCCCGAUUCAGUCUGGUUUGGUCUGGAGGUGAGCAGUCACCUCUCAUGGAAUUAACAGAGCAGGGGACUCUUCUUUCCCUAGAUACAAUCAGCACUCUCUCCAGAAACCAAGUGGGAUUCUGCCAAAUGACUCUGCUAUUACAAAGCCCCUCUCAAUAAUGUACCAUAAAGCAAUUUCCAUCCCAGCACUAACCUGAGUAUUUUAUUAUAACCACACUCCUCUGUUGCCCGUGUCUCUCUUUGUGUGCUUACACAUCUGUGCACAUAAUAAACUCCCGGAAAAGGCUGUAAGCCUGUGUCUGUCCUGCAGAUUCAUGGUCGGGAACCACAAGAGCUGAUGAAAACCGGAUGUUUCAGAUGAAAAAUAUCCACGUAUCUCCUCCUUUCUUUGAAAAAUGCUGGUGUUAUUUUUGUGCUGAGCUCUUCCCUCGUCUAUCUUUCAGCCAGUGGCAUUGUGAGAUUUGAAACCAGCACUCGCAUGUGCUUGUGCCAUCUGUUUUUUUUUUUGUUUGUUUUUUUUUAACCAAAUUUCCACUCCCUCCAGAGGGUCUCUUCCUCCACUGACCACUCAACUUUGUCUCUAUUUCCCCUCUGUCCUCAGACUCGCAGCGGUCCCAUCUGUCCUCCUUCACCAUGAAACUAAUGGACAAGUUCCAUUCUCCCAAGAUCAAGAGGACGCCAUCCAAGAAGGGCAAGCAACUGCAGCCCGAGCCAGCCGCCAAGAGUACCGAGAAACCUGCAAACAAGGUAUGUGUGUGCAUCUGUUUGCCAAAAUUUCUGUGUGUGUUAUGGGAAACCCACCUCUUUCCCACCUAUUCCGUGAAUUUGUUUGCAGAUUUGUUUACAAUUGUUUUCCUGUGCUCCCCAUUGUCUCUGUGUGUGUGCGAGUUCCCCCACUGGUUCCCACAGCUUCCCAGUCGCAGUGGCGGCUGGCUGUGCUACAGCAGGUGUCUAAACCUAUAAAGACAUGAAUGGAGCCGGGCCGCUUCCUGAAUGAACUUCUCCGCUGCCUCUUAAGGCUUUUGGUGUAAUGAGUAUAUUCCCCCGGCAGCCCUGCUGUGAAAGACUGGAGGAGCUGAAAGAGCCCAUUGCUGUAGUACCUAGAUGUGGCUCCAAGCCACAUGACUUGAUGUAUGGAGCUUUGAAUUGCACAUAAACCAUGGGAAUAAUGGAACUAUAGGAGAGGGAGCCCAGUCAGUUGUUACAAUCCAAGUACUAAAAAGGCUUCAAACCAGGGCCAGAACAAUAUGAAUAUUUCCAGACAGAAGCCAAUACAGCUAUUAAAGGAAAAAUGACACAUUACCAAUACAGCAGCCAGUGUGUUCAAAUGUGCUGGUGUGGAUGUGUGCCCGUUUAGUAUAGAUGUAUAUGUGCUAAUUAAUUAGAACGCGCCUUCUCAAAUGAGAAACUAUGAAAAAGUGUUAAGUAUUUUUACAAAACCAACUUAUUCUAAUGUGUAAAUGCUCUACUAACAGCUAAUAAACAAUGCUAAAAGAGUGGUCCCAAAACUAACCAGGCAAAUAACACAGUUGUUUCUAAUUGAGAAUUUAACCAAAGUCAUUUACAUCUUUAAUAAUAGAUCUAUGAUAGGUGCAGCCAGUAGUAUCUAGUGUGUAGAAAACUCUCUACAAACUACAGCUAACAUUGCUUAGGGUAAUAUGACUUGUGAAGUUUGAAAACAUGCUUUCAAAUAGGCACACACCUUAAAACAUGUGCAUCUAUAAUAUCUCUGAAAUUCAUGUAGGACAGAGGUGGAGAAGGUUCUGCUGUGUACUAUUGCAGACAGUGCUAAAGGUAUAGUAAUAGGUGGUUUUUAAGUAGAUUUAAACUGCACAGAUACUGAUAUCUGAGAUCUGUAUGUAUCAGCCAGUAUUAUGCAGUGUUGAAAAUCAUCCACCCAGUAUUACUGCAGACAGUGCUGACAGUGUUGUGUGUUAAAUUUGGUGCUCGACAAAAUGUCACUCCCUGCAUUUAAUGUGCUUUUAAGAAGGUUUUACAGAGCUUAGUAUAUCUUUGCUGCUGAGAUACAGAGAAAAUAUAUCCAUAUUAUCUACAAUAGUGUCUGGUGUGGAGAGGGUUCCACUCAGUGACUCAAUGGACAGUGCUAAGAGUAAGAGAAGAGAUUAAAAUUAUUGUUCUGGACAAAAAUGUGUGUCUUGCCCUGACUUUUGACGAAAAAUUGCUCAAAUUUACACUUAUCUGAAAACAUGCGCAUUUUUACCAAUAUAUCUGCAAUAGGUCCAUGUUGCCCAUUAAUAUCUACUUUGGUUUACUGUACAUUUAUUUUUCCAUUUGCAUAUCUGUUGUCCACCAUAAAGUGGAUCAGGAGUCAGUUCUUAAAGACCAUUUUCUGUUUCAUUCUUGCAGAAGGUGAGCCGACUGGAGGAGCACGAGAAGGAGGUGGUCAGCGCCCUGCGCUACUUCAAGACAAUCGUGGAUAAGAUGGUUGUGGAGAAGAAGGUGCUGGAGAUGCUUCCAGGCUCUGCCAGCAAGGUGCUGGAAGCAAUUCUGCCUCUGGUUCAGGUGGAGGCCCGGAUACAGCACAGGUGAGAGCCAGAGCAGUGUGACAGAAAAAUCCAAUUCAAACAUUUAAAAUUCUUAUCCUUGAGACAUAAGAUGGAAACUUUUAUACGUGUUUUUUGAUCCAUUUGCUUGUAAACUUUCAUUUUCCAAACUGCAAAUGAGGAAAAAAAUAACAAUAACGAAAUGCUCCAGCUUUCUCAUUGCUUUCUUUGAGAUUAAAUAAUUCCUCUCAUUCUUGCCUUCUGAUGUUACUUAAACCACGACUGGUAUGCAUGCAGGACAUGCUAAAACUAGCAUUAUGUUAACUCCCACGUGUAACAGCUUGUAAAGGCUGAUGUAUGUUGUCACUGAUGACAUCCCUCACCUCCAAGGCUUCCUGUACUCGCUGCCUGAAGCCUCUAAAGUUAUGUUCAUGUGUUAGUUGGUGGCACAUUAUCUGAAUUCCACCGCUCUCUACAGCUAGAAUAGGUCUCUGUUUUUUACAUCCUCUCUUUGGUGAAGCAAACCCCUCCUGUAAAUGUAACCCAAGUUGCUGUUUUGUUUGGACUGUCGAGACAUGUUGGAACUUCUCUGUCUUUGUCUCUGUGCCUCUACCCGUCCGUCAGCGCAGAUGAAGGUAUGGAGGGUCAGAGGUGAUGGAUUUUGUAUCUCCCAGCUCUGUGUUUAGAAGUGGUUGAUGGAUCGUUGCUGUGGCAUUGAAAAGCAGCCAUCCUCUGGGUGUUUGACCCCCAGUAUAAUGGAGUCUAACCCCAAUAAAUCACAGUAGAGGCUGAGAUGCUUUUUGGCAAAUGAGCGCAUGUGUAUCAAGUUAACGCUUGGAAGAAGAAUCGGAUCCUGACUUGUUAAUGCACAGUUGGUGUUAGAUUGUCUACAGUGAUUUCAGUCAACAUAAACUAGGUCAACAGUGGGUGUAACUCCAACCCGCUGUCUUGGCACACAGUUUGAUCACAGUGCUCGUUUGCCAAAAGGUUACUCUAUCAAUCUAAUAUCUACAGACUUAAUUAUUUUAGCAGUGCUUAGUUCCUGUGUAGCCUUUAGCUUAGGUAGUCUUUCUGGGUCAGACCUCUCCACCCUUCCCUCUCUUAAAUCCACCUCCUGUCCCCAAAAGCUGCAGCCGUCUCCUGCUCACAGUCAGACUAAGCUGUGAAGACACAGCGGAUGAAUGUUCCGGCGCUGUGAAUCAGCUGCAGCGUGUCAGCACAGGCCUGCACCACACCUUAGUGUUAAGUCUGAACACAUCAUUCACUACAGACUGGAAUGACACCCCGCUCCCCCGUGUGGUUACACAGUUAUCUGUGAGGCAAUUUACCAACAAAUGCCUUGUAGAUAUGUAGUUCACCGGAUGAUAGAUAGCUAGAAGCGGUGUGUGUUUUUGUUUUUAUGUGAUAUUUGUCAUCUACGGGCUAAUGCUGCAUUCACAUGGAUCGAGGCAGAUGGGCAACACCCUCCUAGCAGCACAGGGACGAGACACAAACAGUGCAAGGGAGUGGAAAACAGCAAGAAAAAAUCCAAACAGCAUCAUGAAGUCAUUUUGUUGGAAAGAAUGGAAUCACUGACCCGAGAUUAAGACACUCCUGACUGUAAAAUGACCUCCCUUCCCUUCAAUACUUAUCUUUGGGAAAAGACUUAAGCAGCCUGUGAUUUGUCUGCAUGGUUGGCAUCAUGAGUUUAUAACAGAAAGAUCACUAUUUCACUCAAAUUUACUCAUAAAUCAUCACAGAUUACCUUCAUUUAUAAAAAAAAACUGGAUCCAGAAAGUCUCUGAAAAAAAUACACUGCUUAGUUUUGGAUGGAAAAAUCCUGAAUAUCAUAGAAACACAGAGUUUAUCACUGAGCAUGUGGAUUGUAUAGUCACAUCACUACAUCGUACUGAUUUGUUUUUGCAGCAGAUAAUAUAAACACAAUGUCUUAUUAAAUGCUCACUAUUAUAUUCCCUCUUUUUCAGAUUUAUGUUGUAAAUAAUAUACAUCUGAAUAUUCAGGUCAGUACAGUAUGUAAAACUGCUGCAUAUUCGAUCAAUUGAUUACAAUCAGUUUACAAUAAUGCUGAUGGCGAUGCAGUGCAGCUGUUUAUUAUUUUAACAAACUGCAUAUUGAAUUAUGCAAACCAUCUAUGUUAAUUUACCACCAAAACACAAGCUUCAUCUACAUAAUUAGCUACUUGUUGCAUUUUUCAGCCGUUUUUUUUUUUUCAGAGAGCUGAGAAACAACAGGGUGAAAAAAUCGAUGCAAAGGGCAUAAACUGAAGACUUUAUUGAUAGGACAGCGUAAAUGAGACAGAAUCUACUGUAUGUGGGAGUGAGAGUGAGGAGGUCAAAGUCAAACCAGCAGCUUUGCUGUUGUCCACAAAGGGGGCCUGUUUACCUCGUAAAAGACGUGAAGUCUGCCAUCUACUGCCUGGAUUCAUGUUGAAUACCCUGUUGCCUUUUUUACACCCUUUUUCUCCUUCUAAAUUUCUUGUCUUUACUUUUCUGUUACCCUCCUGUAAACCCUGUGAUCGUUUCUGUGACCCUCCUAAACAGUUCAGCGCUGUCUUCCUGCCAUAACCGCGUGUAUCAGAGUCUGGCCAACCUCAUCCGCUGGGCCGACCAGGUGAUGCUGGACGGCAUCGACUUGGAGGACAAGGAAAAUGUGGCUUCUGUCACCAUCGUCAUCAAAGCCGUGCUGGAUGGAGUGAAGGUAAAGGGACUAAGAUAGUGGGAGUUUCUCCUCACUGUUUACCUGUGCAGUGACUGCAGCCUUUGGACAUGCACAGUUUUUUUUAGUAAAUUUGAGGAUAAGUGCACGGGUAAAUACAACAUGUUUGUUGUAUUUGAUCAGGAAUUGGUGAAGCUGACCAUAGAGAAACAGGAGCAGCCAUCGCCCACCUCUCCCAAUAAACCAGCGCCGCCUGCUGCCCCAGCAGAGAGGUGAGUACAAAACGUGCCCGCCAGAAUCCAACUAUCCUCCCUCAGAUUCUCAGAGUAGUCCAUUCACCCAGACGUCUGUUUUUUUUUAUCUGUUUAGUAGUGCGCCAUCAGAGAUGCCCUCAAUAGAUCGGGAACAGGACGUCUCGAGUAAGACGGCUCCGGCUGCUGCUCCUGCAGAGGCUGCCCCUGAUACUCAAGAUGAAGACGUAGCCCCUCCUAAACCUCCUUUACCUGAAGCCAAAAUGGCGGAGCUCAGGUGAGAGUGGCACAGGUUUUGAUGUUUAGGCUCUACUUUGUAUUGAGAUCUUAAUUUUUAGGUCAGGUUUUGGUUUCCUUCCAAUGAAAAUUGAUGUAGUGUGAGUCACUUCUGUUCCCCGUAUUUCUCAGAGCCUCUUUCUCAUUUCAAGAUUUCUUUGUUGUUUUUUCGAAUUGAUCCAAUCAGAAGCAAAGGGGAUGUUUGAUGAUGCGGCUGCAUAGUCAUUCUGAACUUUGAAACCCAGACCAAAAAAAGGAAGUGUUAGUUUUUGGAUUUGGGUAUCUGGUUAUUUAAAAUUAAGUCCAACUUAAAGUGAAACUGUUGUGGUCAGGAGAGAAAAUGAAGGUGUCAAAAGCGUAGGUUUUUUCCAUCAAGGGGAAUUCCACUUUUUUUUCCACUUUCUCUUAUUUGUUCUCUUUACCUUUGAUAUACUCCAACUCCAAAGAAACUGACACUGUGUUUAAUGCUGAUAAUAAUAGAUUCUGAUGGUUGAGAGAUUGUGUAAGUUGUUUUGGCUGUCUGUUCUAGUCAACACUGCAGCCUACAAGGUCUUCCGGUAGAUAAGCCGAGUACACUUUGUUUUGAGGAGAGUGCAGAAGAGGACAGAGAGUCAUUUCAGGUGCUGUGCAGAUUAGAAAAGUAUUAUCAUAUGUAAUAAUGUGUUUAAUGUGUGUAUAGUCAGGGGUCACCCCUCAAGGCGCAUCCCUCCAGUGGAAUGUUAUCACUCAUGAACGCCCCGCACAGCGAAUAAGAGGAUCAUGCCGGAGACUGCUUGUCUUUGACACGAAUUCGAUGUUCAUAUCCUAUUUUGCAAAAACAUAAUAAACACGAAAAUCAUAUAUACUCUAUAUUUAUUUGAAAAUAAGCUAAAUGUAAGAUAUCAAACGUUAUCACUGAAAAUUAUGAAAAAUGCAUGCUCAAUCUAGGGCAGGGACCAAAUAAAGACUGAAAAAUUGUGUAAUGCUUAAAAAAAGCCUGGAGAAAAAUAUGUGAACUAAUUUGUAACGGGUUUGUUAGAUGACUGAGUAUAAAAGGGGCCCUUCAGAGAGGCUGAGUCUCUCAGAAUCUCUCUUUCAAAGAAUUUGAGGAUUUUAUCAUCGACAGUACAUGAUAUUAUAAAAAAAUUCAGAGAAUCUGGAGAUAUCCUCGUGUGAAGAGAAGGUGAAAAAAACCUUUGGUGGAUGGCAAUGAUCUUCAGAUCCUCAGCAUCAUAAACAGACAUGACUUUGUAGUGGGAAUCACUGCAGGAGCUCCAAAUAACCUUUUAAAUAAACGUCUGUGAGCACAGUUUGUUACUGGAUCCACUAAUUCAGGUCAAAACUGCACCAUGCAAAGAGGAAAGAAACAAUGAAGACUUCUUUUGGCCCAGUUCUACUUAAGAUGGACUAACGUGAAGUGGAAAACUGACUAAUUAAACUCUGAAAUCCUGAUUUUGAACUGUUCCUCUUUCCAAGUUUUUCAAAACAUGCUGUUGGUCUCAAAUCUGAAAUGAGUGUAUAUUUGCUGUAGAUGAGUUUUAAAGGCACUGCAAGAAGUUUUUUUUUUGUUUUUUAUUGUUUUAUUUUUUUUAGAGGUAUAACUUUGUCCACAGGGGGCGCCAGAAUCAACACAAACCAAAAGUUCCUCAUAGCAGCUUUAAAGAUUCGACAUUUGUUAUGUUGUCUUUACACUUUCUUACAUUAAACAUAGUGGAAUGAUAAUCAGACCAACUGAAUCUGUUUUCAUCAUCAUUUUACACAGUGUCUGAACUUUCUGAACUGGUGUUUGAUUUUUACUUUGAUAGUCUUAAAGUCCAUCAAUCCAAAUCCAAAAGUCUCCUCUCUCUUCUCAUGGACUUCCAUCACUUUCACACUGAAGCCUUUGGUUGCUGCUGUCUCUUCCUGUCUUACUCUCUCUGCUGUCUCUCCCGAUUUGUCUCAUCUCUGGUUUGGAUUCUGGGAACAGAGCACAGUUGAGUGCUGACGCUGGCCAAAGGAGACCCUGUCAGAAGGAGAAGUAUGUCAGCCCCCCAGGAUCAUCUGUCUCCAUUGUAACAUCCCACCCAAACCUCCCUCCUGAUAAAGCUUCUGAAUUGGAUGAAAGUGUCUUCUAACUUGCAUGGUUGCAUUAUCCCAACAUUUGUGUCAUAUCUGGACAUUCCCUGGAGAGUGUAUCAUCCAAUCAGAAGCUGGUCUCAGUGCAUGAGAGUGUGUUACUGACCUGUGCAGUGUUUUAUUUUGCUGGCCUCCAUAUCAUGGUGCCUUUUGUUGGUCCCCAUUUUGAUCUGGUAUUAACUCACUGAGAGAGUUUUGGAUUGACGAGCAGAACGGCUUCAUGAAGCUAACAUGAAACACCCUCACUCUCAUCCUGCUGUUCCUUAAGAGGGAUGAUAAUGUGUGUGUUCAUGUAUUCAUACAAGAUCCUGAGUGUGCAUACAUGCCUGAAAAAGCUGUGUUUUUUUGUGCCUGCCUGAUUGUCUGCAUUGAUUUUGCCUCAAAGGUAAAAAAAAAUGCUGCAUUUCUGUCAGUUCAUUUUUCUGUGUAUCUGUUCGCAGCCCUCCACCAGCUCUUCCCCCGAAGAAGCGUCAGUCUGCGCCCUCGCCCACACGGGUAGCAGUGGUUGCUCCGAUGAGCCGUGGCUCCAGUCUACCCUGCAGCGUCCACAGACAGGUGAGGGAAACUGAUCCAUCAUGAGGUGCCUACAAAUAGACCCAAGAGUGAAAAAGGAGGGCUGAAAGUUUGUCUUUCUUUGUGCAGCAGCAGGACUACGAGCAGGAGUUCCUGCAGAGGCGUUUCUCUGGUGGGAGCCAGUCUUACGGAGGUGACUCUCCACGCCUGUCUCCGUGCAGCAGUAUGGGCAAACUGAGCAAGUCAGAUGAACAGCUCUCCUCCAUGGAGCAGGACAGCGGGCAGUGUUCUCGUAACACCAGCUGUGAGACGCUCGGUAAGAGAGUUGAAUGAUGUUGGAUGGAAAACACUAAAAACAAGUUGAUACAAAUCCUAAAAUUAAUCUGAGUCUUAAUUUCCAUCAUCCAAUCAGAAACAAAAUUUCAUUUGCCAACUCUGUACAAUUCUCCUGCAUUUCACGUGCUACAUUCAGCUGAUCGUUCCUCAAGAGAGAGGUCAUCACUUUCUACGUCUAAUUGAACUCCAGCAAUACAUUUGUGGUCCUGAAGUGGCCUGAAAGAGCGAUGUCUCUUUUCACUCACAAACCACACACAGACAGCGGCCUGCAGAGAGCACACUGAGCAGAUCAAACACCCACAAGUUUCCAUGUAACAGGAUUAAAGUUCACUCCUGACUGCUGAUUUGAGCAGAAUGUAAUUGUUACAGGGUAUCUGCAGGGUCUUAAAAUGACUAAGAUCCAAUAACUUGAAUUUAAAGGCUUAAAAUGUCUAAAAUUCUCUUAAAAUCUCAUAAAAUGUUUUAAAUAGGAUGUUGAAAGUUCUCAAAAAUGUAUCAUUACUUUGUCUUUUGUACUUCUUUUGUACUUUUCUGCUAAAAUUGAUGUAAAAUAAGUCUUAAAUUGUAUUCAAUACGGUCUUAAAAAAGUCUGAAAAAGUUUUAAAUUUGGUUUGUUGAAACCCGCAGUGACCCUGUGUUAAAGCUACAUUGUGUGAUUUUUAUAAUUUGUAUGUUUUUCUUCAUUUUCAGACAACACAGAGACCUACGACCCCGAUUACGACUUCCUCCACCAGGACUUGUCAGUAGGAGAAAACCUCCCGCCAAUACCAGUAGGAGGGUGCUUGAGCCCUCUGCCAGAGUCCCACAGCGAGUCCUCCUCCCCCGUCCCUGGUCAGCAUCCCUCACAUCCCCGUUUCAGCGCUCCCCCACCACAGCAGGUCCCAGAAUACUGGACCCCACAGCCUGGUCAAACCAAUCCUUUACUUGCCCGCAUCAGCGCUCCCCCCGCUCUCCCCCAGAAGAAGCGGCGCAGCACCCAGACGUCGCCCUUCCCCGACGGGGGCACACGCAUUCUUUAUGAGCGCCACCCCUCCCAUUAUGACAACCUGUCAGAGGAGGAGAUGCACCCCACGCCGCCGUUCCCCCUCCUCACGCCAAUCUCGCCAAUGCCGCAGACGAACGGGGGCGUCUUUGUCGCCCAGUACAUCGCCAGCGAGAACGCAGAUGUCCCUGCAAGUCCGCCGCCACUACCAGAGAAGAAGAGCAGACACAGUAAGUGAGGGAGAAGGGGUGUAAUGAGGGGGUGAAAGAGAUAAUCUAGCAGAGGUCAUAGAAGCAGAAAAACAGAGUCUGAUGUGAAGGAGAUUGAGGAAGAAAUGAGGCUGAUGGAGGAAACAGCAGUGAGCAGCUCAUUCCAAACUCAGUGAAAAAGUUCAUGUCAGAGAAAUAUUCCCCCGUGAUUAGAGGCAGGAAAUGAAUACCAGGAUGUGCUACAAUGGCCCCGGCUUCAGGGGCACAGAGGGCAACGUUUGGUCAUUUCCUGACACACCUGCUACAUCACUUCCUCUGGAGCUACUGUAUUAUGUCACUCCAUACAGUCGGCUCUUCCUGUGAGCUGAAACACUUGUGAAGUGAGGAUCUCCAGUGAAAAACUGUUCAGAAAUUUGAAGAUGUUGCACAACUUUACUCAUCGUAGUUCUCUGAUGAAUACUCAUCCUGUGAGUGUAGUUGUGUAAUAUCCUCUCUGACUCUGACGUUUUAUUUUUUGUAACAUUCUUAGAAAACAACUGAUGAUAUCAUGUUGAGGUCAUUAGGCUGAUCUCAGUUUUGGCCUGGAGCAAUUUCUGUAGAAAAAGCCUCCUUUAUAAGUGGAAGUUUUGUAAGAAACGGGUGUGAGUGGACGGGAACGGAGAAAUAGAAAGACACUUUUUUGUUUCAUCACGGGUUAUGAAGGGGGUGGUGUUUUUGGAGUGUACGUGCUUCACACCCUCAAUUCUGAACAAGUUGUGACGUCGUCACAAGAAAAACUGAUUCCAAAUCAUUGAAAUGUUACGUUUAUAGCUUCUGUGAGGAGUCCUUAAAGUCCCACUCCGAUGGUUUUUCUUACUACUUGAAUUGUUCUCAGUGGUCUUUAAAUUGCGUUUAUUAUGUUUUUAGCCAAAAUCACAUUACCUGUGUCAUUUUCAAGGUCUUUUCUUCUGCGGAGCUUCAGUAGCUCAUUACCAAUUCGCCUCUGAGUCGUGGACGGAGACAGCGCUGCUCUGCACACUCCUCAUCACGCUAGCUCGCAGCCUAACAUUGCUGAUGUAGAAGAAGUAGCAGGUUACGUAGAAGUUAUUCAGCUCUUGGACACUAAUGUCUUUAUGGACAUGAUGAAAGUUAAUAUCAUAAUAAGCUUUCUUGUGAACAAUGCAAUCCGCAAAAGCACACGCUUGUUCCGCUAUCAUCCUCUCUAUUUCUCUGAGUCUGGCCUGCAUAGCGGGGCUCCGGGGGCGGAGCUUGGAUUUGUGAUGUAUGAAAUCUCACUGUGUCUGAACCUGCCGUUUGGGUCUGCCAGAGAUGCAGAUGCGAUUUGAAUGCAGUCCUGUAGCAUGAGAAAAAAUGCCACAUGAACAUAUGAAAAACAAGAAAAACAUGAUUUUCAUCAGAGUGGGUCUUUAACUGGCUAUGAAACAAACAGAAAUAAUGUUCCUUUAUCACAGACUGUAUAAUAACUGGACAUAACAAAACUGAAUUUAACAAUGAAAAACAGUCUUAUCUGUUCCCAAAUGCUUUGUAAUCUCCUCCAUGUUUCCUCUCCAGUCCUCCAGUACAUGCAGUUUGUUGAAGACUACUCCGAGCCACAGCCCUCCGUCUUCUACCAGUUGCCGCAGAGCGAGAGCAUCUAUGAGCAGCGCAACAAGCGCUUCCAGGAGGUCUACCGCUUCAACGACUCGUUCAGCAGCACCGACUCGGUCCACGAGCCGCUGCAGCCGCCUGCAUUACCACCAAAACAACGGCAACUGGUAAGAAAUAUAACGACAGUGAUCCCUGUCGAAAGAAUGAAACCAUUCAGUCUCUGAGCAUAAAAAAGUUGGGGUUACUGAUCUGAACUGUGAAAGCAAAGCUGUAAUUUAAAUUCCUGAAGUCUUUCUCUAAUUAAGACCAACACUGAGAAGCUUUAAAACCAUCAAUUUGCUUAUGAAAUCAUAUCUAGAGCUUCGUGAGCUCAGAUUUACUCCCACUUUUUGAUUUCUAUAAAAACAACCCCCUGCCAUGCUGCCUCCAGUCUCCUCUUUCUGAAUGCUGUUUGGGGAGAAAAGAGCGUGAAAGAAUGCAGAUUGCACUCUGCCGCUGAAGUACAUUCCAGUGGUAAUCCUCAUCAAUUUUCUCUCAAGCCUCCUCCUAUCUUGUUAUCUCUCUCACCUAUUCAGCCUCGUCUUCUCACUCCCUCUAUCUCCUCUCCUCGCCUUCUUUUGUAAGCAAAGCAGACAUCUGUGUGAGCGCGGAGGUGUUUGCUUGUUAGCGGGAGAUAAGACCAGUGUUUAUCAGCACCACAUCAGAUCCAGUCCACUUAUCUCAAUCCGGGUCGGCGUCUGGGUUAAUUGAGACAACUGCCUGAGAGGGAGAGUCAGAGAGGAGAGAGAAAGGGACACAAAAGGGAUAAAAUGGGACGUAGCAGAGGAAGGGCACGCUGUGAUUAGCCGAAUGAGUUUAACGCUACAGAUUUAUUAGCUGUGAGAAUCUCCAUACGGAUUCAGGCUCCUUCUUGACAACACUUUUAAAAAUUAUAGCAGUUUUCUAUUUACCUGAAGUUUUGCGCUCCUUUAAGGUAGAGCUCAGGAAGUGCUGAGUGGUAGGGGGUCAUGAAGUAUGACACAGUGUGUUAUAUCUGUAGGUUUGUAACAUUUUUAGAAUAAAUCAUGGACAGUCAGUACUAACUAAACAAUCAUAUCCUAUGAGACAAUCAGUCACUCUUUAUUUAUAUGACACCAAGUCAUAAGAAACGUUAUCUCCAGACACUUAAUAAAAGGAUCAGGCCUAGACUGUACUCUGAGUCAUAUUGGCAAAGACCAAACAUGAGGAUAUGAUAAGAUUGUAUCUUAUCCCUUCUUAAUCUGCCAUGAGCAAAGCACUUUAGAGAAGUUGGUGAGUUAAAGUGGCAAGAAAAAAACGUCCUUUUAACAGGCAGAGACCCUGGGUAGGACCAGACACAUGUUGAACAGCCAUCUCAAUAGACAAAGAUGCAGAAAGAAAAUAAUAGAUAAGGACAACAACAGCUACAACAGCUACAGCUACUAUUAGCAAUAAUGGUAUAAAAACAAUAUGAUACAACAUAGCUGUAGGAGUAUGGACUCUGACUGGUGGAUGAUUCCAAUGAAGGGCGACCUGAUAACUGAAGGCCUACAUGUCUCCCAAUCCCUGACUGGAAUAUGAGUCCGAUGAAGAGGGACCUAAAAACUGGAGAUCCUACCUCCGAUUCUACUUUUAGUGUGACAAGCAGGCUUACAUUCUAGGAAGCCACAAAUGUUGAAGGAAUGUCUGCCUCCCAAACCCUGACCUGGCAGAUGAUUUAAAAGGAGAGGAGGCCUGGUAACUGAAGGCUUUAGCUCCCUAAGAGCAGGCUUGCAUGCAGGGAGCCUGAUCUUUAAAGUAGAGGGGGGGGUCUGCUUCUUAGACCCAGACCUGGUAUAUGAUUCCAAAGGAGGGGGGGGGCCUGAUAACUUAAGUCUCUACCUCGACUACUUUUAGCAACUCCAAAGAAGGAUUUUAGAUUUUUUCUACAGGGAAGAUGCCAUACUGGUCUUUUAGAUGUAAUGUAGUGCUUAUUACAAAACUGACCAAUCGCAGAGCUUAAGAAAACUAGUCAUGCUAACUUUUUACCCUGCAUUUAAGAGAAUAAGUAUGGAGUCUAAGGUGUUAUUUUCUAUUUAACAUCAUAGCUGUAAUGUUGAAAUAUGCUAAAAAAACCUCAUUAAGGAUUAAAACUGAAGAGAGCUACACGGAGGGAAAACACUCAUUAGACGGACUGCCACAAAUGAGACAUGCUGUGGCGUAUAUUUCUGCCUGCCAUUCAUGUUUGAAGGUGAUAAAUUGAUGUGUGGUUGGCCUAAAGCUCUGCAGUAAUGAGGACAGCACAUUCGUAGACAGUAAACAGAUGACACUCUUCUCCAGGGUGCAGCUACCACCGCACAUGUACAGUAUCACCGCACGGCGAGGAGAGAAUAGACUUAGUGGCUGAGUGUCAGUCUACCCAGGCCACCUCACAGAGUCUUUCUUCUUCCUCUUUGUCCAUUGUCCUCUCUCUGCCACCACAACUGUGUAUUCUGAUCCCCGUGUGCCCAGCUUUUUUUUUUCUUUUUUUAUCACACUUUUGUCUGCGGGUAGAGUCCAACCGCGCUCAUCUCCGCUCCCGCUCCCGCCGCAACGGCCCUAAUCUGGCCUCAUGUUUUGGACUUGAUGAGCUCGUGGCCCAGUGGAAUAAGCCUGUUUGCCUCCUGCAUAAGCCCAUGUUCCAGGCUUACACGCUUUGGCGACUUUACACGGCUUUGCAAAAAAAAAAAAAAAAAGUCAUUUCAGCUGCUGUGUGGAUAAGGAAACGGGUGAAAAAAAAAGAAAAACCCAGAGUGGAUAAUAUUGGCAGUGUUUAGAAUGUGCUGUAGUUGGCCUGGUUUCUGCAAAGCUCUUAAAGCUCUGGGCAUUAAAAGAAAGGUUAUUGGACUGUCACAGACAUAAAUGUGUGUAACCUUUACAAGUCACAUGACCCACUUCUCAUUAGGGCUUUCCAGGAAGUACUUAAAGUGAAACAUAACAGUAUAAUCAGGGACACUUGAACAGUGCUGCUCUGUGUUUAUUUCUAAUGCCAGAGAGCUGAUGCUUCAACUUGAAACUCCCAGAAUCCUCCUCAGCUUUUCACCACUCUGACUCCACUGCUUUUCUGCUGAACUUUGAUUAAAUCUGCUCUAAUUCACUCUUGCUUACUAGUGUAAUCAACUGUCCCCUUCUUUUCUUCUUUCUCCUCCCGUAACACCCCUAUUUUUCCCCUUUUUGUCUCCCCUAACUCCCUUUACUCUCACUCCCUUUCCGUUUCCGUCUCAGGCCUCCCACUCUUCCUCCCCUUCUUCCUCCUCCUCCUCCUCUCUCUCCUGCCACCUCCAGCCGUCUGUAGCGGCCAUGGAGGAGGCGGGCUCUGGGCUGGGCCUCAGCAUGUCCGUUUCUAACUCCUACCUGAUUGGCCAGGCGUCUUUGACCACGCCCACGGUGAGUUCCUGACCCCCUACUCGCUCUCGCUUCAACGCCAUCCCUCCACCUCCAUUCCUCCGCUCCGGUCAGCGUGUGGGUGCUGUGUGGUCUUAGUCGGGUCUAGGGGGGCAGCCUGACCUGUGUGUGCACCAUAUGUGAUACAGUCUGUUUUCUUCCCCCUGCCCCUCUGAGGUCUGUGAUGGGGCCCUCAGACCCUCGAGGGUCGCUGGUUUGGUUGCUGUGUGGUCCUCAGUUUUGUCAUAUCCGCCCCUCCAUGUGUGCAUUUGUUUUGACAGUGUGGAUUUGUUGCUUUGUUGUGUGUCUUUUAGCUGAGGCAUCAGAUAUGCUGUUAUUAAUGUGUGCUUUGUGUGGUCGUGGAGUGUGCAGUUAUCUGUUGUGGUUUCGUGCAGCCUCUAGCUAACCAAGUUUUUUCUUUUUACACUGAAACAUUCCUCUACAUGACAGGUAAUUAUUUGACCCUUUCCCUCUGUUCAGUUUGCCUCCAAGUCAGAGAGAGUGAGUGGGACAUGUUUGUUUUAGUGCACUGCAAAAGUAAGCACUCAAAAACAAGGGAAAUAAGCAAUAAAACAGGAAAUGAUUCCCUUCAAGUGGGUAAAAGGCAACAGAAUAAGAACCUGUUAUUACGGGAAAGAAAUGUGAAAAUUGAAUUGAAUUAACUGAAUUUGUUGGAAGAUGUAGUUUGACACAGAGCAUUAAACCAAUGUGUUUCUUACACACCUGCUUUAUUUACACUCUUGUUCCUUCCUAGUUUGGCCAUAAAACUUUGGAUAGUCAGAUAUUUCAAACACAUUUACUAUAAGACAUCAAUAUGUGAAUUCCAUCAUUAACUUUAAAUACAAGUCACCUAACAGAGUGACAGACCCAAUCAUUAUUUUAAAACUAGUGUGGCUGCUCAAUAUGAUACAAUUUAGUACAAUUCAACACAAGACAGUAAAUAUCAAAUAUUAAGGUGGUAAAUGCUACAAAAUUGCAAUACCGAUUAAUACAGUUCCUCAGAAAACAGCACAAAAAUACAUAAUGCAUCACAGUAUUGUAGGAUGUGACACCUAACAAUACCAAACCAAGUUAAAUGAUACGAUACGAUACAAUACAAUACGAUACCAUACAAUAUGAUACACUAUGAAAUGAUACGAUACACUAUGAUAUGAUACGAUAUAAUACGAUACAACGUGAUAUGAUACAGUACAAUAUGAUGAAAUAAAUAGGAUAUGAUCUGAUAUGGUACAAUAAGACACCACACUGUUUACCAUCUUUUGUAUUUCAAAACAUUACAAUAUGAUACCAUACGAUGUGAUACGAUGCUAAAUAAUAUUCUAAUAUGUGAUAAAAUGUUAUUUAUGAUAAUACACAUUAAGAUAGGAAACAAAAAGUACAAUCAAAAUCAAUAUUAUAUAGUUGGAUGCAUUGAUUGCAGAAAUGAUACAGCAAUUUUAGAAUCUUAGAUCAACUUAAGACAGCCCUACAAUGAAACAUCAGGACAUAAGAUAAACUAAAGAAAACAUGAUCCCCCCUAAAUAAUGAAGCUAAAGUCUGAUCCCUUUAUUGUCAGCGCUGUGAGUCCUGCAGUGUUGACACAGCGUGUAACUGGAUGAGACAUCUGUAUGAAGUGCUGUGUUAAUUUCUCAUCAAGUCAUUAAUAUUUGACACAAACAGUCUGGAUGGUGACAUAGUCUCAUAUCAAUAUUAGUCUCUUACUUGUAAAGGAAUGACGCACAGGCUAAUACGGCUCAUUUCUUUGCCAAACUUUGCAAAAGUCAAAUACCAUCUUGGUGAUGUAACAGGAUUUUACUAAACUAAAGAUGACUCAUAUUUUUCUCCAAGAUGAGAAACCUAUAUUGUCUUAAUAUGUGAAAGGAUUAUGAAGAUGAAACGCUGAGGCUUUUUUUUUUUGUCCUCAUCUGUGUUGAUCAAACAGAAUUAUAAUUCUUAUAAUCCAAGUUUUAUGCUGCUCAGAAUCAGCACAAAAUCUCUACUCUAACAUAACGAAGCCCGGGAGAAGACAUAGUGCCUGUAAUAAAAUAAACAUAUAUUACCUUUAUUUGGAAUACUUGAUCUUUGUUGAAAUCCUCUUUUUCUCUUGAAGCAGGUCAGACACAUACCACCACCACCACAAACAGGUUCUUGUUGAUGUAUUAACUCAUGGUUAAUAAAUGCUAAGUUGCAGUUAUUUAGUUAGGCUGUGUUUAACGGUGGUUUGUUCAGUAUUUUGGGAGGGUUUGACCCAUGAUGACCUCACAGUGUGUGCAGCACCCUGAAGACACACUGUCGGUCUCCCUGAGGAUAUCUCGGGUGGAAUGCAGCUCCAGAUGGACCUGAUGGAAAACACAUUCCACCCAUUUUUCUCUCUCUCUCCUUCUCCUCAUCUUUGUCAUCCUCUGGCAUCCGUCUCUGUCCACACACACACACACACUCCUUACAUUCUCCUAUCCCUUUUGUCUCCCUUUCCUCUCACACUUCCUCGUCUCCCAUUUUUUCCGAUUCUGUGGAAUGUUUGCAUUCCUCAACUCAUUUAGGCAUGAUGUUAUUUUAUUCCAGCGUGUCAGGGGGAGGCGAGGCAUGCCAGGAAAGCCUCUUUGCAUAUUGAAUAAGAAAAAAAAAACGGGGGGAUAUUCAGUAAUUCAUUUUAAUACUGGAGUAAAAGCUCCCUCUCUGUGUUGUUCCUGUAUUAUUAAAGGCAGGAUUCCCAGCUGCAUCAGUACUUUCUCCGAAUUCUCCUCACCAAAAGAGGAAAACCAGAGGCCUGGGUGUCCAGAUGAUCCUGCGUGUCUGUGCAUGAACACGUGCAUGCAUUUCAUCUGUGUGUAUGUGUGUGUGUGUAAGCCAAGUGUGUAUGUGUGCUGUGUUUAUCAGCGAUCUGUACAUGCGCUGCUCUAUGCUGGUAUGCUGGAACAGAGCUGAUAUGUGCAACGUGUUAGGACAGGUUCCCACUGCAUCCCUGCAGACAGGCAUCUUCACUGCUGGCCACACACAGACACACACAGGCACAAACACACAUCUCUUGUCUCCACACAUACACACAAUCAGAGCUGAUGCUUGCUUAUCUUUGUGUUUCCUUGUUAAAUAUUUAUGUCUUCCAUGUUAUCUCAGUGGAUAUGUUUUUUGCUUCCAGUCCUAGUUUUGCCAUUUUUAGAUGUGUGUGGCUGUAUUUUUGUAUUUGAGUGCAUUUCUGCAUUUCAUGUUCAGACUCAUCACCCUCAUAGUCCACACUUAAACUAAAGGAGGUGUCGGAGAACCUCGUGCACGCCGUUUUCCUCCCCUGCUUCCUACUGUUCAGCUUCUUUUCCCCCAGCUGCUCUUGUUUUUCACCUCUCUAAUCCCUUACUCCUGUCUUUUAUUUCAUUUAUUUUCUCUUUUCUUCUUUUCCUGCUUUCCUUCUUUCCACCAAUCGCAGAGCUUGGACCAGGUUGCCUUGACCAAUGCCACCAUUCUGGAUGGCAGCGGCGGGGGCGGGCCCAACGGUUCCCUGGCCGGCUCUAUGGGCUCUGUGGCUGUCUGUCUUCCUUCUGAGUCUUCUCUCACUGACUCUCUCCACACCUCGGCGGUGAGCUCACACAGGAUAGAUGUGUGGACGGCGCAGGAUGCUAACAUGAACCCGCUCUGGCAGACUGAUAAUAAAAUGUGAUAGCAGGGCCCUUCCCUCGGCAGAUUUGUGUUAGAUUGCAGCAGUUUGCCGUCCCGUAUUGUUGCACAGACGAUAAAACAGUGACUCAUUCUCUCAGUGGCAUCCUGUUGUGAUUAUCACUGCCCACAAACUGUCUGCUGUCUGAUUAUUGGUCUUAAAAGAAUCCCAGUAGAGCAUGUUGCACUGCUUUUUUUUUUUUGCCUGUAAAUAUUAUUACUUUUUACAAUUGAUGCUCUCCAGUGACACCUGGUGGAUGGCUAGGAAAACACACCGCUCACAGUUCACUUGAAAAACCUGAGUUAGCUGCUGUCUCUUCUCUUCAACCAAAAUUCCAAGAGUUGGGACAGUGUUAGGAAUGUUGAUAAAAGCAGAUUUUGGUGAUUUUUCAAACAUUUAAACUGUAAAUUUGAUGAGAAGUGGUUCAAAGACUGACAGAGACAAUGAUAACUGAUCUCCAGAAGUCCCAACAACAUUUUACUUUCCAAACCCCUGAAACUGGUCUCCUUGUUUACGGAGCGCUUCAAUCAAACAUGAAGUGUAAAUGAUUUGCAAAUCAUCAAAAUCUACUUUUAUGAACAUUUUCGACGAUGUCCGAGUCUUUUGGAAUCAGGGUUGUACUCACACUGUUAGCAAAAUGCUCUGUGCCCCUCUCCGCACCCUCACGCCUGGGUUUGUGUCCCUCCUGUCUCCCCGUAGAGCGAGAGCGCGAAUGACGAGGGCGGGGAGGGGGAGUACGUCAACUUGUACUCGUCCAGCCAGGCCAAUGGGGAGCUGCCUCUCUCCCUCAGAGUAAGUAGCUGACUGCUGGUCUCCAGACUGGGGUGAAAGGUGGACUCCAUUGACACGUAGCUCCACGGCUUCAGGAUAUGAAUCGAUUCAAAGUCAGGAGGCCCUGUUUGAGCGGCAGCACCGUUCAUCUGUUGCACUCCGUGGCUCUCAUUGAUUCAUCUCAUGAACUGAUGGCGCUGAAAUGGAAUGUAAAUGUAGACCAAACCUGACCAAGCAUGACUCCAUGUUCACGGGUCUGCCUGCUAGAGGACUUUCUGUGUCUGUGGACUUAGAGGAAAGGUGUGCGUCUGUAUGUUGCUCUGACUGCCUGGCUGGUGUUUGCUGUCUCUCUUUCUGGCUGUUUCUGCUGCUGCUUCAACUGUAACAAGCAUUUAACCUUGUUUUGAUCUAACACCUGACAUGUGGCUGCUCCUUAAGGGAUUCUCGAUGGUUCAACGGUUUUCAAUUUUCCAAUAACACUCCCCGUAAAAGCUUAUGUGCAUGUGUGACGGCAGAAGUGUGUGCGUGGUUGUGUUCCCCGUGGGCUUGUGUGUGCGUUCAGGGUGUAUUUACGUCAUGUUUGGGUUGUUUAACAUAAGUGAGAGAGAAGGAAAUGCGUGAUUGUGUUUGUAGUUCUUCUCUUGGUGCGGGUUCAGUGUGUGAUUUCAACCCUCUGGAGUCUUACCUGGUUUUUUCCUCUCCACACUCGAGGGAAAAACUGCAUUUCACCAACAUUUAAAAAAAGGACAGCACCCUCUCUUUGUGACACACAUCGACAUUUUGUACAAAGCAUCCAUCCUCCCUCUCCACCAGAAGUGUAGCAUGCACGCUGGUGCGAACUCACACAAACUCAUCAAUAGGCAGCCGUCUGUCACAGCAUGGAAUCAUUCAUCAGUGAUGAUCCAUGUAACCUACAGCACACAUGUUGAUUAUUGCUUUUCCCUCCGUCGAUCAGGAAACGAUCACAGCUGAUGAUGUGCUUCAAGACCCCGCCCCUCAGAUGCCCAACAGCAACAGCAAAGAGGCUUUGGACAAGGAGAGGUAAACUUCACAACUAAAACCUGUUUCAAAUAGAGAUGCACCGAUCUGUUUUUUUUUUCAAUCCGAUACCGAUACCUAGGCUGAGCGUAUCAGCCGAUAUCCGAUACCGAUACAAUAAUACUGUUGAAUGAAUGAACUUUAUACCUUAUCCUGUGAGUGAAGGCAUCAGGCAUUAGCCUUGUUUUUAAAAAAAAAAGGUAACAAAUUGACACAGAUUUAAAUUUACUUAAUAGUAUUUAUUAACAAAUAACAAAAAGAUGCAAUUCAACACAGAGCAUCAAACCAAUGUGUUGCUUACACAGCUGCUUUAUUUACACUCUUGUUCCUGCCUAUUUGGCCAUAAAACUUUGGAUAGUCAGAUAUUUCAAAUACAUUUACAAUAAGACAGAAAUAUGUGAAUUACAUCAUUAAAUUUAAAUACAAGUCGCCUAACAGAGUGACAGACCCAAUCAUUAUUUUAAAACUAGUGUGGCUGCUCAAUAUGAUACAAUAUAGUACAAUUCAACACAAUACAAUACAGUAAAUAUCAAAUAUUAAGGUGGUAAAUGCUACAAGACUGCAAUACCGAAUAAUACAAUUCCUCAGAAAACAGCACAAAAAUACAUAAUGCAUCAAAGUAUUGUAAGAUAUGACACCAAACAAUACCAAACCAAGUUAAAUGAUACGAUACAAUACGAUUCUAUAUGAUACAAUAUGAUACAAUACGAUUCUAUAUGAUACAAUAUGAUACAAUACGAUACAAUACGAUUCUAUAUGAUACAAUAUAAUACAAUACGAUGUGAUACGAUUCUAUUCAUUCGAUGUCUGAUCCAGUUAAUUUGUCAAUAUCGGAGCCGAUAUCUGAUCCAAAUAUCGGAUCGGUGCAGCACUAGUUUCAAACACAGAUGGAGUUUGAGUGAUGUCCCCCCGCUGGUUUCUGCAGAGGUGUGGUGAAGCCAAAAGUUGAAAUCCAAGCUAACUAUCCUCUGACUGAUCUGGAAACAGGAAGAGGGGCGAAGCUACAAAUAUAAUAUUAUAAAUAAAAUUCUAAUUUGUAGAGCUCUAACCUAGAAACUUUCUGUAUUUGUCAAUUUCUGCACCCGUAUGGACCAAGCCCUAUUUCUUAAUCUUGUCCUCUACAUGCUUGAGUAGUAUCCUCUGAUGAAAAACUCAUCCUGCUGACUUUUAACAGUCAAAUGUCUCAUUUAUUGUGAAUAUUUAUACAUCAACAAUGUCAAAAAAACUCCCAAAUGAAGCUUGAAGUCACAACAUUUAACUCUAUAGGAAAACAACAUAAAAUCCUCACAUUUAGAGAGUUUAAACCAAAUCACUGAAAUACAUGAUUGAAUUAUUGCACAUUUUCCUGAAUCAGGAUUGAGUUGUUACUGUGAAAGAAACUCCAGAGUUUUCUGCAUUGAUGACCGUUUUUAUCUGUUUGUUUCAGGCGGCAGAAGACAGCAGAGUCAGCCGGGAGCGAUGAGGAGGAUGUGGACGAGCUCUCCCUCAUCGACCACAAGGAGAUCAUGAGCAGGAUAACACUAAAACAAGAAGUAAGAGAAACGCCCGAGAGCACCUGCGGCUACCUCUGCUGCUUCAUGCUUUUAUUUUCUCAGGAAUCUGCAGUGACAGCAGAGAACAGCCCCAGCAUACAAAACACAUGUUAUCCUGAUAGUGCAGAGCUGGUUAAAGGUCACUGUGCGAGUCUCUCUGAUGUGAGAUCUGAUCCUGAGCUCUGCCUCUGAUAGCCAGUGCUGCCCUCUGGUGUGAACUCUGUGAAACUGCACCGCUUUGAAUUGAUAAACCUCCCUCCUCCUCCUCCUCCUUCUCCUCUCACACCUCCUCCUCCUUCUUUGUCCCGUGUGGUGCAGUCUGAUAGACAGAUGUGUAGGAAUGCUUCUUGCCAAUCUGCAAGGUUAUGGCUGAUGUGACAGCAGUGAUUUACAGAUGAGAUGGGGGAUCACAAGUGGGAAGGAGGGGAGAUUCAUAGCCUGUUAGGACAUCUUUAGAGCUUGUUGCAGGAGACGUAUUGCAGUGGUUGGGGCUUUUGUCAUACACAAGUCUGACUUUUUCUUCGUCAUCAGAGGAGCUGGUGCAGGACAGGGAGAGGUGGGGGCCUUUAAAGAGGAAGGGGAAGGGCAAAAAAAGAGGGGGGAAAAAACAGCCAGCAGAAGGAAGGUGCAUGCUACAUUUUGGGCUCUACUGCAUCACCACUCUUCUCCUCUCUCUCCAUCUUUCAUUUCACCGCUCUCUCUUAUUUUUCUCUAAUUCUUUGCUUACCUCUCCCCCAGAAUGAUGACGGCCCUGACGUCCGAGCCGGAUCAGGAGAUAUUCUUUUAGUCCACGCUACAGAAACAGACCGCAAAGGUACAGUACUGAACACAGAGGCUCCGCUGUAAACAGGGCAGUGUGUUAGUGUGCUGCGGGGUCACUGGCGCAGCUCAACAGUCAUCUGCUAGUCAAAGAUGUUGUAUUUGUGCAGUGGUUCUCUGAAGUGUGAUUGACACGUCUGAGAUCAGAGCAGCAUCUUAAACAGCCUCUCUCUUAUUUACCGAACGUCAGUCUGGAUCUGUAACCUUCACAUUUGAUGGUGUUCGGUUUUCAGCUUAAUUAGGAUCCCUGAUACAUUCCGACUCAAUUCUUGUCUUUUUCCCCCCUCUCUUGUUUUUCCUUGACAGAUCUGGUUUUGUACUGUGAAGCCUUUCUGACUACAUAUAGGACUUUUAUAACCCCCGAGGACCUCAUUAAGAAGCUACACUACAGAUAUCCUUUUCGGAUCAUUCAAUAUGUCACCGGGAGCUAAAUCACUGGUCGGUUUGCUGUCAGAAAGCUGUUUUUCUUUCCUAAUGAUUUCUUUUACAAUCCUAUUAAUUUACAAAGACUCCUCUUUAUUUGCUUUGAUUUAGCUUUUUCACUCACAAACAUUCACAGACAGAGAGCUAUAACACAACCAUAUCUCUCUGCUCAUGUUUGAAUUACUGCUAAGAGUAUUUGUGCUUUUUUUUACGAUGGGAUGCCUUGCUUAACGGCACCUCAGGAGAGCGAUUUAUCUUGAACAUUUUUCACUGCCACUAUCUAAAAAUCUGUCAUAAGGCUCACUAAACCUUACAAAGCAGAUAUAGUCUUAUUACUUUAUGCUUCACCACUGAGCGUAUUGGUUUGUCAUGCUGUGUUUUCAUGCAGUAUGGCCAAGUAGGGCUGGGCGAUAAACCGAAAACUUACUGAUGCUGAAAUUUACGACAAUAACCAACGUCUUUUUGUCCAUGUCAAUAUAUUCGGUGUCAAAAAAACAUAUUUAAAUAAAAGUUGGUUUUGGAUGUGUGUAGGUAGGCUAUGGUCUCAUGUCCCUUUAAGACGCUGUCUGACGUCAGAGAUGUGACUCCACCCCAUUCAGUCCAAAACAAAGAGGGAAAGACAGGUGAGGAGAUGGAGGACAGUUCAAAAGUUGUAGCGACUUAAGUAGACGAAGUUAAUGUAGGAGGGGGGUGAGCAGUUUGUGGAGUAGCUAUCGUUCAUUUAUUUGUUAUCGAGGUGAACUGCUCAAUAUAACAUGAUAUUGAUUUGAGGCCGUAUCACCCUGCCCUAUGGCCAAGUGUGAGUGGGUUUUUUGAGUCAGGCAGGCCUCCUUAAACUGAAAGGUGGACCAUUUUUGUAAUCAUUUGUAAAACUGCAAAAGCAAAAUAUCACAUCAUGAAUCAGAUUCUGUCUGUAGUCCUUCGAUUAACCAACAUACUGUGAGUCGUUUUCUUCAUAAUCCUGUAUUUUAUAUCCUUGACCCCUGAGCACAUACACCAGGUUCUGUCACAGUCCGGACACCUUCAAGAAGCGCGUCAGCAAGAACACGUUCUUCGUGCUGGUUCGAGUUGUAGAUGAGUUGUGGUGAGUAUUUUUUUUUUGUUGUUGUUUUAAUUUGAGGAAAAACUUCCUCAGGGUGUGUGAUGAAAGUGUCGAUUCGUUGUUGUCUUAACAAGGUGUCUGUUAGCUUUAAAGCCUCACUACGCUGAAGCCAGGGUUUAUUUAAAAGUCUACCAAACAAAAAAAGUCAAACAGAUAGCUAAACUUUAUUGUUCUGCUUCUUCAAAAGCAUCAUUUGUAAGUCAAACACACUUUUCCUUUAUUUCUCAAUAACUUGACUCAUUGGUUUUUCUCUGAAUCUAUCUUGUAGUUUGGUGGAGCUGACCGAAGACAUCCUGAAGCAGCUGAUGGACCUGGUGUUCACGCUGGUGUGCAAUGGCGAGCUCAGCCUCGCCCGUGUGCUCCGGAAGAACAUCCUGGACAAGGUGGAGCAGAAGAAGCUGCUGCGCUACACUAACUCCCUCAAACCGCUGGCUGCCCGCGGGGUCUCAGCAAGGUAAUGACGGGGUCCUAAUCAUGAGAGACGUGUUAAUAGUCAUGUUACUCAACAUCAUAUCACUCUGUCCUUUCAGAGGCCUUUCCUCUUGUUUCUGUCCUGUAUGUCGCUUACCGCUAAUCUGUAUGUAAAGUUUUAAAUGAAGACAUCACCUGAUAACAGUUUGUGUUCCCUAACAGGCCGGGAACUCUCCAUGACUUCCGCAGUCACGAGAUCGCAGAUCAGCUCACUCUCCUCGACGCAGAGCUCUUCUAUAAAAUCGAGGUACAGCAGCUCCUUUGUGUGGAUCAAGCUUCCUGUAGGUUUAGACUCUGAGCUCCAACUUACACUCCUCCUCCUCCUCUCCCUCUCUCUCUUCAGAUUCCAGAGGUGCUGCUUUGGGCCAAGGAGCAGAAUGAGGAGAAGAGUCCGAACCUGACUCAGUUCACAGAGCACUUUAACAACAUGAGCUAUUGGUACGAUCAAAGUCACAAACUUCCCGCCUGUGUUUGUUAGUCUCUUAUAUCAUUUCCCUCAUAACUGCAUAUUUCUCCUUCUCCAACAGGGUGCGCUCUUUGAUAAUCCAGCAGGAGAAAGCUCAAGACAGAGAGAAGCUGCUUCUCAAGUUCAUCAAGAUAAUGAAGGUUAGUCACCUGUAAUAUCUCGAGUGUCAUGUGACUCCCUUGGCUGGGACUCUGACCAAUCUGUGAGCUUGUUUGAUUUGGACCGAUUCCCUCCAUGCUGAGCCACCAUCAUAACUGAUUAUCCGUCAUAGUGUGAUGUUUAUAGUAGAAGCAAAGAGGGCUACUUUAGAUCCAUCAAAUGCUGAGUGUGUUAUAUAUAUUGUGUUAUAUAUGGAUCUGAACAUUUAGUCGACCCAAAGAUCAAGCGUCGCUCUCAUGAGUUCGCACUAGAGGAGGUAGUAAAUGAAUUAUUGAUGUUUUCAUAAUUAAAACUGCAUCAUGAAGUUGCUCUGGAACAUCCCUGGUCCCAAAGCUCUGACAUAAAUAUUUAAUUUUUUCGUAUCACAGCACUUAAGAAAGUUGAAUAAUUUCAACUCCUACCUGGCAAUACUUUCCGCUCUGGACUCCGCCCCCAUCAGGAGACUGGAGUGGCAGAAACAGACGUCAGAGGUGAGAGGAAAACGCUUUAAUCUUCAACAUCUCUUCUGAAUUUGACGGUCCGUAGAUGGUUGACCUCUCAAACUCCUUUCUGCUGUUUUUCUCUCUCAGGGUCUGGAGGAGUAUUGCACGUUGAUCGACAGCUCCUCCUCCUUCAGGGCGUACCGAGCUGCUCUGGCUGAAGUGGAGCCUCCAUGCAUCCCGUACCUGUGAGUGAAUUCACGUUCCUCAUGCAAAUUUAGUCCUUAAAACACUCAACUUGACGUGACUCCUCCAUCUCUUUCCAGCGGCCUCAUCCUCCAGGACCUAACCUUCGUUCAUCUGGGGAACCCGGACCUCAUCGAUGGGAAGGUGAACUUCUCCAAACGCUGGCAGCAGUUUAACAUCCUGGACAGCAUGCGGCGCUUCCAGCAAGUGUAAGUCCACUCAGAUGAAUUUGCAGUAAUAAACGUCAGGGUUUGUUUACUCAGGUAGGAGGCGGAAAUCUCUCUUUGUCAUUCAACUAAAUCAUAAAACAUGGCUGCCACUGUUACUCAAACUUCACCUGCUCUUCCUCAUCUCAGGCAUUACGAGCUGAAACGCAACGAAGACAUCGUCUCCUUUUUCAACGACUUCAGCGACCACCUGGCGGAAGAGGCGCUCUGGGAGCUGUCGCUGAAGAUCAAGCCCAGGAACAUCACCCGACGCAAAACGGACCGCGAGGAGAAGACCUAG